AUGGCCCCCAGCCCCGCAGCUGUGCAGGCAUUUCCCUUGAGCCCCAAACUCAGUAUGACCCUGUCGCCCCACCGUGACCCCUGCCACCCCUCAGCUGUCCUGGAGAGGUUGUACCCCCACCACCACCCCUCACUCUCAUCCGUUCCUCCUGCUGCCCAGUUAAGAUAUUGACUCAGAGACAGUCCAAGCACCGCUCAGGUAAUACCUCACAUCCUUUCUAAGCGUUAUCAUCGUACUGUUGUCUAUACUACCAGGGGUGUUUUCAGUUGUAAUCUUGUACCUAUUCGUUUGAACUCCGCUCUUAGAUCUGCUAUUGUCAAAAGAGAAGCCCACUGCGGUCUGCUCACCCAGUGCUAUUAGUUUUAAAUGUGAAAUUGAAUACGCCCUCAGUUUUCAAAUCACGCAGAGGGCUUGGGCUAAUGCAUGAUAGCUACCAAAGCCCAUGUAAGUCUGUUUAUAACGUUCCAUCAUUGGUUACUCUGAGAGUUCCUCAUAUUGACAUUGGCUGCAGCCUUAGGGCCUAUUUUGCCAACUUUGGAAAAGUAAUUCAAAUUUCUACUCUUUCCUCUAUUACUAAUAGAGAUAUAGGCCAGUUCUAUGCAAUCUUAUAGCCAUACCAACUAUAUCAAUAUCAACCAUCAGACAAGGCCUGCAACCGCCUAUUCAAUGUAGCUUGUUUGAGUUGGAGACUCCAUGUGACUUUAAUCGUAUAGGACUUGGGUUGAUGCGUCUGAACAUUAGGAGCUUACUUCCUAAACUGGGUUACAUCAAGAUCUGGGCAAUGCAGACAUUCUGGUAUUCACUGAAAUUUAGAUCUCUGGGGACAUUCUGGAUUAAUUUUGAGGGUUAUAAAGUUUUCAGAGCUGAUAGACAGGGUAGAGGUGGAGUGGCCAUUCUUAUAAAAAAUAAUUGAUCUCUCUUUACUGAAAUCCAUUUCCCUUGCCAAAGCUACUGUGAGCUACUAUCUUUAAGCCUUUGUUUGGGGGAAAAUGUAUUAGGGCUGACCCCAUUUAGUCGACUGGUCGAUUGUUUGGUCAAUAAGCUGUUGGUCGACCGAGAUUUUUUUAGUCGAGCAGUGGCAAAUAUAUAAAAGGUAAUAUAUAUGGCACACGAGACACCUGUCUGAUUCAUGCCUUUCUGAGUGGACUAAUCCAUUGCGGAGGCCGCGGGGGUGCACACCAGGAUCACCAGUUGUACAUUUAGCCUACCGUUAAUUCAUCUACAAUGUUUGUUUAGUUACGGUAAUUUCUGUUAAUGCAUUCAAUAUUGUGUUAUUACAGCCAUACCGUUGUCAUUGUAGGAGUGGACACGUUGUUUACAGAGCGCACAACCUAGGCUACACUUGUGAGAAAAAGUUUGGGUUUAUUUAAUUCCAUUUACGAGUUGUCAAUUUAUUAAUUGUCUUUUGUUUGGAGCGCUCCUGUCAAUUUUGAGUAAGGACACACACCUGAUUACACAUAGAAGUAGGUCUAGGCUACCUGGCCUGCGCACAAAUGUAGGCCUAUAAAUGUGCCCAUUUGGGGAUCUGAUACUAUUUCUGAUUGUCUUACAUCCAUUGAGAAUGACAAUCGUUCUUCAACAUAGCCUAUUUGAAAAAUCUUUCCAGCUCUCUCCCUUUCGAUAACCACUCAGCAUGAAAGGGGGAAAAAAUGUCAUGCUCUGAUCCGGUGGAAACAUCAUAAAAUGUCUACCUGCCUACCUGACACAGCCAACAGCUGUGUCUGUCCGGAGCUCACUGGAGCGGACACUCUGAGGGCCGAGAAUAUAUUAUACAAUGUUGCAAGUUUGCUAGCAGGAGCUUCUGGCUGGACCAAGUUAAUAGUUAAUACAAUGUGCCCUUGCAGACAGGCCAUGCAUAGCCAAUGUAAUUUAUUAUCACAACAUUUUCUGACUGCGGGCUGCAAUGUUUUUAUUUGUUGGCUUUAUGUAGACUACUUUUAUAUAUUGGCAAUGGCAAUAGAAGUUACUUUUAGAUUUGUGUCAUUUUCAUUUAGAUAUAAUUUACUGGCAACUUCACUCGAUACUAUACCGGUAAUUUCAGGAGCGUAAUGGCAGAAUCUGUGAAGGCCAGCAGCAACGGGCAGCGGGAGGAGGAGCGUUGUGAACGGAUUUUAUUUCUUCUGGUUAAGCUAUAUUGAUCUCGGGCUCCCUCUUUAGUCAUUUGUGUGUCUUCAUUUUUAAUCGAGGUGCUUAAAGCAUCAGACAAGCUCAGUAGCCUACAUAUAGUUGAUUUUAUUCAAUCCUUAUUCUAAAAUGGAUUAAAAAAUAAAACUCUACACACAAUACCCCAUAAUGCAAAAACAGGUUUUUAGAAAUAUGUUAUUUACAUAUGUAUUCAGACCCUUUGCUAUGAGACUCGAAAUUGAGCUCAGGUGCAUCCUGUUUCCAUUGAUCAUCCUUGAGAUGUUUCUACAACUUGAUUGGAGUCCACCUGUGGUAAAUUCAAUUGUUUGGACAUGAUUUGGAAAGGCACACACCUGUCUAUGUAAGGUCCCACAGUUGACAGUGCAUGUCAGAGCAAAAACCAAGCCAUGAGGUUGAAGGAAUUGUCCGUAGAGCUCCGAGACAGGAUUGUGUCGAGGCACAGAUCUGGGGAAGAGUACCAAAACAUUUCUGCAGCAUUGAAGGUCCCCAAGAACACAGUGGCCACCAUCAUUCUUAAAUGGAAGCUGUUUGGAACCACUAAGACUCUUCCUAGAGCUGGCCGCCCCCGGCCAAACUGAGCAAUGGUCAGGGAGGUGACCAAGAACCUGAUGGUCACUCUGACAGAGCUCUAGAGUUCCUUUGUGGAGAUUAGAGAAACUUCCAGAAAGACAACCAUCUCUGCAGCACUCCACCAAUCAGGUCUUUAUGGUAGAGUGGCCAGACAGAAGCCACUCCUCAGUAAAAGGCACAUGACAGCCCUUUUGGAGUUUGCCAAAAGGCACCUAAAACCUAUCAGACCAUGAGAAACAAGAUUCUCUGGUCUGAUGAAACCAAGAUUGAACUCUUUGGCCUGAAUGCCAAGCGUCACUUCUGGAGGAAACCUGGCACCAUCCCUACGGUGAAGCAUUGUGGUUGCAGCAUCAUGCUAUGGGGAUGUUUUUCAGAGGCAAGGGACUGGGAGACUAUUCAGGAUCAAGGCAAAGAUGAACGGAGCAAAGUACAGAGAGAUCCUUGAUGAAAACAUACUCCAGAGUGCUCAGGACCUCAGACUGGGGCGAAGGUUCACCUUCCAACAGGACAACGACCCUAAGCACACAGCCAAGACAACGCAGGAGUGGCUUCGAAACAAGUCUCUGAAUGUCCUUGAGUGGCCCAGCCAGAGCCCGGACUUGAAACUGAUCUAACAUCUCUGGAGAAACCUGAAAAUAGCUGUGCAGCAACGCUCCCCAUCCAACCUGACAGAGCUUGAGAGGAUCUGCAGAGAAGAAUGGGAGAAACUCUCCAAAUACAGGUGUGCCAAGCUUGUAGCGUCAUACCUAAGAAGACUCGAUGCUGUAAUCGCUGCCAAAGGUGCUUCAACAAAGUACUGAGUAAAGGGUCUGAAUACUUAUGUAAAUGUGAUAUUUCUGUUUUUUCUUUUAAUAAAUUAGCAAAAAAUUCUAAAAGAAACUGUUUUUGCUUUGUCAUUAUGGAGUAUUGUGUGUAGAUUGAUGAGGGAAAAAAACGAUUUAAGCAAUUUUAGAAUAAGGCUGUAAUGUAACAAAAUGUGGAAAAAGUCAAGGGGUCUGAAUACUUUCCGAAGGCACUGUAUAUAUGGAAAAAUACACAUUUUAACAUUUCAACCAAUCAAUUGGUCGAAAGAACAGACGACUCUCAGUCGACUAAGAUUUUUUAAAGUCGGGGACAGCCCUAAAAUGUAUCCAUAACUGUCAUAGGGGUCUACCGUCCUCCCUCAGCUAACCUUUGUGCACUCGAGGAGUCUUUUAGUAAAUCAGAAGUUAUUAUCCUGGAUGACCUAAAUUAUGAUUGGGAAAUGCAGGCUUCAAACAAUCUAAUAGACAUAUGUAAUGAUCUAAACCUAACCCAGCUGGUGACUAAGCCUACAUGGCCCAACCCUAAAGAUCCUUCAAAGUCAACUCUGAUUGAUCUUAUUUUUACGAAUGCACCAGUUUCUACUGGUGUCUUCGCCCAAGAUAUUAGUGACCAUUGCCCAGUUGUUUGUGUUCGAGAUGUGAGAAUAUAACGAUCUAAGCCUUGUGUCAUCACAAAGAGGAACUUUAGUGAACAGGCUUUUUUACAUGAUCUUUAUUUAGUGACCUUGAUUGUAUUUCAGCUAUCCCUGAACCUGAUUUAGCUUUCAGCCUUUUUGCAGAUCUCUUCAAUAUUAUUGUGGAUAAUCAUGCUCCCUUAAAAAAAUGAAGGGUUAAAGGUAGAUUGAAUGCCUGGUACACUCCGGAAUUAUCAGAAGUCAUUAUCAAAAGAGAUGGGUCAAGGCCAGGAACACAUGCUUAGGCCUGGACUUGCAAGCUUUUAAGCAACUGAGGAAUCAUUGUGUAAGACAAAUCAGAAAGGCUAAAUCUGAUUAAUAUGUAACCACUCUUUCAGAUUAUAAUGGGAGCCUGGCUAAAUUCUGGAAAACUGUCAAAUCCCUGAAGGGUUCUACUUCCUCCUCUCUGCCACAACAAAUGUAUUCUGACACGGGCCUCAUUACGAAAAAUAAUGCCAUCCUUGAUGCAUUUAAUCACAAUUUUAUUUCAGUGGGCUCUCUCUUUGAAAUAACUUCUAAGCCUAUUCACAAUUAUAUUGGGCUGGAUGCUGAUAGGGGAAACUUGCUGAAUGAUCAGAGAAAUUAUAGUCAAAGCUUUCUUUGAGGCUAUUUACCGAAAAAUAAGUCCUGGAUGCUUUGCUAGCAAUAGACAACAAGAAAUCCACAGGGGCUGACUAAUUUGAUCCCGGUCUGCUUAAUUGUGCAGCGCCCAUCAUUGUUGGCUCAAUAACCUAAAUUGUUUAUUUAACAUUGUUAUCAGGACAUAUUCCAAAAGUAUGGAAAUCAGCUCUUGUGCUGACACUCCAUAAGGGCGUGGAUAGUAGUGAUCUUUAUCGCCCCAUUUCAAGUCUUUCUUGACUAGCUAAGCUUCUUGAAUCCUUGGUAAAUGUACAACUUAAUGUACAACUAAUUAAUUAUCAGAUAGAACAGAAAACCAGCAGGCUCCGGACCUCGUAGGGUAAGAGUUGAGUAACCCUGCUUUAGACACUAAAAUGAAAUGUGUUGCUUUGUUUGUGGACCUGUCAAAAACUUCUGAUACUGUUGAUCAUGCUAUUUUAUUGAAUAAAUUGCCCUCAAUAGGCUUGAGCUCUGACACCUGUUCAUGGUUUCAUGAUUAUCUUAGAGACAGAUUGGGUUAAGUCCGAAUUUCUUGAAGUACAUAAAGGUGUUCCUCAGGUGUCGAUACUAGGACCGGUUCUUUUCACUAUUUAUAUAGAUGCUAUUGGUCAAUCUGUAAAAAAAAAAAAAAAAAAUAUGUGGAUGAUACUAUUAUGUACGCAAUUGCCCCGACUGCUGACCUGGCUGUGACAAGGCUACAGUCCAAUUUUGCAGCUGUGCAAGAAGUCCUUACUGAUUUAAAACUCAUACUUAAUAUGGGCAAAACUAAAUACAUGUUGUUUUCAAGUUCUCAUAAGAUUGUCUCAGAUAGAUUACAUCUUUACUCAUCGGAUGGUUCUAUAAUGGAACGAGUCCCUGCGUACACAUACCUUGGUAUUUGGAUUGACAAUGAUUUAUCGUUGUCACGAUCGUUGAGAGACGGGUCAGACCAAGGUGCAGCGUGAUAUGCGUACAUAUUUAUUAAGACGAAUAAACACUUGACAAAAUAACAAAACAACGAAAACGUGAAGUCCUAUGGGCUAUACACACAACAAGCCUAACAGGAACACAAACAAGAUCCCACAACUAAGGUAGGCAACCAGGCUACCUAAAUAUGAUCCCCAAUCAGAGACAACGAGCGACAGCUGCCUCUGAUUGGGAAUCACACCCGGCCAUACAUAGAAAUACAAAACUAGAUUUAAACAUAGAAAUACAAUACAUACAUUUAAACUGAAACUCACACCCUGACCCAACCAACAAGAGUUCUCUAGCUCAGGGCGUGACAGUACCCCCCCCCCCCCCCCCCCAAAGGUGCGUACUCCGGCCUGUGCCAGCGCCCAGCACGUGUCGUGCGAAAGUGGGCAUCCAGCCAGGACGGGUUGUGCCGGCUCAACGCUCCUGGUCUCCAGUGCGCCUCCACAGUCCAGUAUAUCCUGCGCCAGUCCUACGCGCUGUGUCGCCAGUGCGCGUUCACAGCCCAGUGCGUCCUGUGCCAGCGCCCUGCACGUGUCGUGUGAAAGUGGGCAUCCAGCCAGGACGGGUUGUGCCAGCUGUACACUCCAGACCUCCAGUACGCCUCCACGGUCCAGUAUAUCCUGCUCCGGUUCUACGCACUGUGUCACCAGUGUGCCUCCCCAGCCUGGUACCAAACCAAACCAGUGGUGCGCGUAUCCAGUCCAGUACGGGCCGUACCUGCUCCCCGCACCAAACCAGUGGUGCGUGUCGCCAGCCCGGUACGCCCCGUACCUGCUCCCCGCACCAAACCAGUUGUGUGCGUAUCCAGUCCGGUACGGCCUGUACCUGCUCCCCACACCAAACCAGUUGUGCGUGUACGCGCGUACCAGGCUGGGGAGGCACACUGGUGACACAGUGCGUAGAACUGGAGCAGGAUAUACUGGACCGUGGAGGCGUACUGGAGGUCUGGAGUGUACAGCUGGCACAACCCGUCCUGGCUGGAUGCCCACUUUCACACGACACGUGCAGGGCGCUGGCACAGGACGCACUGGGCUGUGAACGCGCACUGGCAACACAGUGCGUAGGACUGGCGCAGGAUAUACUGGACCGUGUAGGCACACUGGAGACCAGGAGCGUUGAGCCGGCACAACCCGUCCUGGCUGGAUGCCCACUUUCGCACGACACGUGCGGGGCGCUGGAGUGUACAGCUGGCUUGUAGGGGUUUAAUGGCACAGGCAGGGAGCCCAGCCAACAGCGAGUUGCAGUAAUCCAGACGGGAGAUGACAAGUGCCUGGAUUAGGACCUGUGCCGCUUCCUGUGUAAGGCAGGGUCGUAAUCUCUGAAUGUUGUAGAGCAUGAACCUACAGGAUCGGGUCACCGCCUUGAUGUUAGCGGAGAACGACAGGGUGUUGUCCAGGGUCAGCUUGAGGUUCAGCUUGAGGUGGUGAUCCGUCAUCCACACUGAUACAGUGGGGAAAAAAGUAUUUAGUCAGCCACCAAUUGUGCAAGUUCUCCCACUUAAAAAGAUGAGAGAGGCCUGUAAUUUUCAUCAUAGGUACACGUCAACUAUGACAGACAAAUUGAGGAAAAAAAAUCCAGAAAAUCACAUUGUAGGAUUUUUAAUGAAUUUAUUUGCAAAUUAUGGUGGAAAAUAAGUAUUUGGUCACCUACAAACAAGCAAGAUUUCUGGCUCUCACAGACCUUUAACUUCUUCUUUAAGAGGCUCCUCUGUCCUCCACUCGUUACCUGUAUUAAUGGCACCUGUUUGAACUUGUUAUCAGUAUAAAAGACACCUGUCCACAACCUCAAACAGUCACACUCCAAACUCCACUAUGGCCAAGACCAAAGAGCUGUCAAAGGACACCAGAAACAAAAUUGUAGACCUGCACCAGGCUGGGAAGACUGAAUCUGCAAUAGGUAAGCAGCUUGGUUUGAAUAAAUCAACUGUGGGAGCAAUUAUUAGGAAAUGGAAGACAUACAAGACCACUGAUAAUCUCACUCGAUCUGGGGCUCCACGCAAGAUCUCACCCCGUGGGGUCAAAAUGAUCACAAGAACGGUGAGCAAAAAUCCCAGAACCACACGGGGGGACCUAGUGAAUGACCUGCAGAGAGCUCGGACCAAAGUAACAAAGCCUACCAUCAGUAACACACUACACCGCCAAGGACUCAAAUCCUACAGUGCCAGACGUGUCCCCCUGCUUAAGCCAGUACAUGUCCAGGCACGUCUGAAGUUUGCUAGAGUGCAUUUGGAUGAUCCAGAAGAGGAUUGGGAGAAUGUCAUAUGAUCAGAUGAAACCAAAAUAGAACUUUUUGGUAAAAUUUCAACUCGUCGUGUUUGGAGGACAAAGAAUGCUGAGUUGCAUCCAAAGAACACCAUACCUACUGUGAAGCAUGGGGGUGGAAACAUCAUGCUUUGGGGCUGUUUUUCUGCAAAGGGACCAGGACGACUGAUCCGUGUAAAGGAAAGAAUGAAUGGGGCCAUGUAUCGUGAGAUUUUGAGUGAAAACCUCCUUCCAUCAGCAAGGGCAUUGAAGAUGAAACGUGGCUGGGUCUUUCAGCAUGACAAUGAUCCCAAACACACCGCCUGGGCAACGAAGGAGUGGCUUCGUAAGAAGCAUUUCAAGGUCCUGGAGUGGCCUAGCCAGUCUCCAGAUCUCAACCCCAUAGAAAAUCUUUGGAGCGAGUUGAAAGUCCGUGUUGCCCAGCGACAGCCCCAAAACAUCACUGCUCUAGAGGAGAUCUGCAUGGAGGAAUGGGCCAAAAUACCAGCAACAGUGUGUGAAAACCUUGUGAAGACUUACAGAAAACGUUUGACCUGUGUCAUUGCCAACAAAGGGUAUAUAACAAAGUAUUGAGAAACUUUUGUUAUUGACCAAAUACUUAUUUUCCACCAUAAUUUGCAAAUAAAUUCAUUAAAAAUCCUACAAUGUGAUUUUCUGGAUAUUUUUUUCUCAUUUUGUCUGCCAUAGUUGACGUGUACCUAUGAUGAAAAUUACAGGCCUCUCUCAUCUUUUUAAGUGGGAGAACUUGCACAAUUGGUGGCUGACUAAAUACUUUUUUUCCCCCACUGUAUGUCUGCCAGACAUGCAGAGAUGCGAUUCGCCACCUGGUUAUCAGAAGGGUACAGGUGUCCUUUUUUACGCUAAUAACCAUGUGUGAGGUGUACACUUUUGCUUUUGUUUCAAGGUAGAUUUGUUUAAGACUACCAAGAAACAUGAUGUAUGAUUUAGCCCACUGCAGUAAAAGGUUAAAAAACAUACGACUGAGCUUGUUGAGAAACUAAGAUUUAAAAUGGGAUUUUUUUUAUAGAAACAGAUCUUGUCUCUCUCUAGUCAGCAGGAAGCAGAUUGUGCAGUCAACCUUUCUACCUGUUGUUGAUUAUGGUGAUACUAUUUAUCAAAGUGCAGCUGCCUCUACACUUAAACCCUUGGAUGCCGUUUUUCAUAGCGCCCUUCGUUUUAUCACAGGAGAUCGUUUUAUUACUCUUCACUAUAUUCUUUACCAAAAGGUUGGCUGGACUUCUUUGAAGUCACGUAGAUCACAUCAUUAUGCUCUUUUUGAUUACAAAGCCCUGCUCCACAAACUCCCAACUUACCUAACAUCACUGUUAAGAUUUAAAAUGACAAGUUAUCAAACCCGUUCACAGGGUUGGUUAACUCUGGAGACUCCUUUGGUGUCUCGAGAGUUAGGUAAAUCAGCCUUUAAUUUGCUUGCACCUCACGUGUGGAAUGAUCUACAAUACACUUUAAAAUUGGAGGAAUUGGUGCCUCUAGGGCAUUUCAGAUGGUUGCUAGGAGACCUUUUUACUGAAGAAUGUGUCUGUUAUUUAUGAUUGUGUUUUCCUUUUCAUGUAUUGUUGUGUAUAAUAAUGUGUAUUUUAAUGUCUAUAUGAAUGUGUAGUUUAAUGUGUUAAUUGUAUUUUGAUGUGUAUUGUGGUGCUAUACAGGGCUUAUCUGGAAAAGAGACCUUGGUCUCAGCAUUGACUCCCUGUCAAAAUAAAGGUUAAAUAAGUGUCCCAGACCGCUGACCCAUAGCCUGUUCCAAUCUCCACCCCCACCCCACCCUACCCCGGUCCCCCUCUCCACCCCCACCUCGUUCCUAAGCUGUCACCAUAUCCACCCCCACCCCACAUCCUCGCAUUCCCACCCCACUCCCUCUCCAAGCACUUCCCAUCAGAGCAGACUGAGACGUCUUAUCACAGAAUCAGCUGGGCUGGGCGGCUGGCCAGGGCACACACAUUUAUAACGCCCAGUAAAAACAUUUAAGCCUAAUAGAAUAAUACUGCUGAUUGAAGAAACAGAUUUGUUUCAAAUGUGCUCUGGGACCAAUGUAAAUAAAAUGGCCCUGGUUUUAACAAGCCCUACUAGUUUUAAGUGGAUUUAUUGGUUUUCAUCCACAUGUCACAAAUAAGAAAGAGGCAAAUAAAAUGUGUUUAAGUGAAAUGAAGUUGAGUUGUGGAACUACUUAUUCCAGUGAGAUAUCAAAAUAAGAGGGUGAAGGAUGGGCCUCAUUUUUAGGUGCUUAACUCAAAGCUUUGUAUUAAAUCAAAUCAAAUCAAAUUUUAUUUGUCACAUGCUUGGUAAACAACAGGUGUAGACUAACAGUGAAAUGCUUACUUACGGGCCCACCUGGUACUGUAUUUAGUUUAUGUUAUUGCGGGUGUAGCGAAAUGCUUGUGUUCCUAGGUCCAACAGUGCGGUAGUAUCUAACAAUUCAAAACAAUACACACAAAUCUAAAAGUAAAAGAAUGGAAUUAAGAAAUAUAUAAAUAUUAGGAUGAGCAAUGUCGGAGUGGCAUUGAGUAGAAUAAAUUUGAAUACAGUAUAUACAUAUGAAAUUAGUAAAGCAGUAUGUAAACAUUAUUAAAGUGACUAGGGUUUCAUAAUUAAAGUGACCAGUGAUUCCAUAUCUAUGUACAUAGGGCUGCAGCCUCUAAGGUGGAGGAUUGAGUAACCGGGUGGUAGUCGGCUAGUUGAUGGCUAUUUAACAGUCUGAUGGCCUUGAGAUAGAAGCUGUUUUUCAGUAUCGAGUCGAUGUGCAGGGGUAUGAUGUAAUUGAGGUAGGUAUGUACAUAUAACUAGGAAUACAGUGACAGAUAAUAAACAGUAGCAGCAGUGUAUAUGAUGAGUCAAAACAGUUAGUGCAAAAAGCGUCAAUGCAGAUAGUCCGGGUAGCUAUUUGGUUAACUAUUUAACUAACUAUUUACCAUUCUUAUGGCUUGGGGGUAGAAGCUGUUCAGGGUCCUGUUGGUUCCAGACUUGGUGCAUCAGUACCGCUUGCUGUGCGGUAGCUGAGAGAACAUUUAUGACUUGGGUGGCUGUAGUCUUUGACAAUUUUUAUGGCCUUCCUCUGACACCGCCUGGUAUAGACGUUUAUUUUCUAAGGGCUAGGGUUGAAGAUCCAGGCUAAGAUUUCAGUUCAACUUCAAAUGUAUGUUAUACUGUAGAAUGCCAAUGUUAACAUAAACCAGCAUGCGACUACAUUGAAACUCUAGGGAAUGGAGGAAGAAAGUGUGCACUGCGGUGGCUCUCUGUAGACUGCCAUGCACAUCUUAACAUAAAGAAUAGUGAUUAUUUUGACGAUUAAGAUAGUGAUGAUGAUGAUGUCAAUAAUGAUGACAGCAAUGAUGAUGAUGAUGCUCUCCCCCUCCCCCAGAGCGCCCAGGGUUUGUGAAGAGGCCCAGUAGUAUUAUGGUGCUGGCAGAUGAGAGUGUGGAGUUCCACUGUGAGGCGCGGGGAGAUCCGGUCCCCACUGUCCGCUGGAGGAAAGAGGACGCAGACCUGCCUAAGGGGAGGUACGGAUGGAUGGCCCAGCACUACAAUACUGCCUUUAUAUUACACACUUACAGUGGGGAGAACAAGUAUUUGAUACACUGCUGAUUUUGCAGGUUUUCCUACUUACAAAGCAUGUAGGGUUCUGUAAUUUGUAUCAUAGGUACACUUCAACUGUGAGACACGGAAUCUAAAACAAAAAUCCAGAAAAUCACAUUGUAUGGUUUUUAAGUAAUGAAUUUGCAUUUUAUUGCAUGACAUAAGUAUUUGAUAAAUCAGAAAAGCAGAACUUAAUAUUUGGUACAGAAACCUUUGUUUGCAAUUACAGAGAUCAUACGUUUCCUGUAGGUCUUGACCAGGUUUGCACACACUGUAGCAGGGAUUUUGGCCCACUCCUCCAUACAGACCUUCUCCAGAUCCUUCAGGUUUCGGGGCUGUCGCUGGGCAAUACAGACUUUCAACUCCCUCCAAAUAUGUUCUAUUGGGUUCAGGUCUGGAGACUGGCUAAGCCACUCCAGGACCUUGAGAUGCUUCUUACGGAGCCACUCCUAAGUUGCCCUGGCUGUGUGUUUCGGGUCGUUGUCAUGCUGGAAGACCCAGCCACGACCCAUCUUCAAUGCUCUUACUGAGGGAAGGAGGUUGUUGGCCAAGAUCUCGCGAUACAUGGCCCCAUCCAUCCUCCCCUCAAUACGGUGCAGUCGUCCUGUCCCCUUUGCAGAAAAGCAUCCCCAAAGAAUGAUGUUUCCACCUCCAUGCUUCACGGUUGGGAUGGUGUUCUUGGGGUUGUACUCAUCCUUCUUCUUCUUCCAAACACGGCGAGUGGAGUUUAGACCAAAAAGCUCUAUUUUUGUCUCAUCAGACCACAUUACCUUCUCCCAUUCCUCCUCUGGAUCAUCCAGAUGGUAAUUGGCAAACUUCAGACGGGCCUGGACAUGCGCUGGCUUGAGCAGGGGGACCUUGCGUGCGCUGCAGGAUUUUAAUCCAUGACGGCGUAGUGUGUUACUAAUGGUUUUCUUUGAGACUGUGGUACCAGCUCUCUUCAGGUCAUUGACCAGGUCCUGCCGUGUAGUUCUGGGCUGAUCCCUCACCUUCCUCAUGAUCAUUGAUGCCCCACCAGGUGAGAUCUUGCAUGGAGCCCCAGACCGAGGGUGAUUGACCGUCAUCUUGAACUUCUUCCAUUUUCUAAUAAUUGCGCCAACAGUUGUUGCCUUCUCACCAAGCUGCUUGCCUAUUGUCCUGUAGCCCAUCCCAGCCUUGUACAGGUCUACAAUGUUAUCCCUGAUGUCCUUACACAGCUGUCUGGUCUUGGCCAUUGUGGAGAAGUUGGAGUCUGUUUGAUUGAGUGUGUGGACAGGUGUCUUUUAUACAGGUAACGAGUUCAAACAGGUGCAGUUAAUACAGGUAAUGAGUGGAGAACAGGAGGGCUUCUUAAAGAAAAACUAACAGGUCUGUGAGAGCCGGAAUUCUUACUGGUUGGUAGGUGAUCAAAUACUUAUGUCAUGCAAUAAAAUGCAAAUUAAUUACUUAAAAAUCAUACAAUGUGAUUUUCUGGAUUUUUGUUUUAGAUUCCGCCUCUCACAGUUGAAGUGUACCUAUGAUAAAAAUUACAGACCUCUACGUGCUUUGUAAGUAGGAAAACCAGCAAAAUCGGCAGUGUAUCAAAUACUUGUUCUCCCCACUGUACACAUCAUAGAUUCAUACUCUGAUCUAAACCUUAUGCACAUGCAGGGUCACAUCUGGUCAUGGAAAUAGAUGCAUAGGAUAUUACAGUGUGCAUACCAUCAUGUUUGUCUCACGUCGAUCUCUCGCUAUCUCUAUCUCUCUCUCCCUCUGUGUGUGUCUGUAGGUAUGAGAUCCUGGAGGACCACACUCUGAGUGUGCGUGGUGUAACACCAUCAGACGAGGGCUCCUACACGUGUGUUGUAGAGAACAUGGUGGGAAAGGCAGAGGCGUCCGCUACACUGACAGUACACGGUCAGUACAACCUCCCCCGACCGAAACCCUAACCCCAACCCUGGUCAUACCUGCUGUUUGACAUGAAAGGUGCACAGACUAUGAAAUGUGCAGACUGGGUUUAUGCUGUGCAGCUGUUGCUCUCACGUUCAUGUAAUGUUAGAGAAAGUGUGAAGAAGAAGACAGCUGUUCUCAGAGCAGUUGGAUAUCUUACCUAACCCUGUCUAGCCACACCAUGGAGUAUCACCCCACUGAUCUCUGGCCUGCCCUGUCAAGUCAAGCAGUUCCCAGGGUAACAGACUGAGCUAGGUUAUCAGUUCAAUCUGUGAAGUUAUGUCAUUUACUGUAUCCCCUUGGCUUGGGUUCAUAUCAGUUCUGAAGCAAUCAGCACUCUACUAGCCACAGUCUAACCAUGACUGGAUCAGUGUAACAGUUCUGAAUAGGAGCCCAGAUGGGCGUGUUGAUGAGGCACCAGGAAGUGGGUUCAUUUGUGAGCAGGGAUUCCCUGCCACAAUGACCCUCCCCCCAGCACAGGGACUGACGGCAGGAAAUGAACAGUAACACCUCACUACACACACACACUCGCACACACACGCAUGCACAGCACACCACACACAAGCAGUACAUACAUGGCACAACAUACAACCUAACACACAGUUUUCCAUGCCCUAACUGGUGGCGCCUGUGACACAGGAGAGAGAAGAGAGAGCGAUAGAGUAGAGAGAGAGUAUAGUAAGAGAGAGAGAGAGAGUAUGAGAGAGAGAGAGAGAGAGAGACGAUGCAGAGAGAGAGAGAGAGAGAGAGAGAGAGAGAGAGAGAGUAGCGAGAGAGCUAGAGAGAGCAGAGAUGAGAGCGAGUAGAGAUAGAGAGUCUAGAGAUAGAGAGAGUCGAGCGAGAGAGAGAGAGGUAGAGUAGAGAGAGAGAGAGAGAGAGAUAGAGAGAGAGCUGAGAGAGAGCAGGGCUUAAUUAAAGACAAGCCUGGGUCCCACGCUGGGAAUGACAUGGUUCCAAUUACACAGUCUACUCUACACCAGACCUGCCUGCCUGGGAAAAGAGGGGGACCAGGGUCUAAUUUAGGGUCUGAACAGAGGAGAGGAAUAACAGAUAGCAGAUUCGUACAGAUUGUCUUAAUUGGAGGGAAGGGUGUAGCUGUCUAAGUACGGUGUACACAGAAAAAGGGGUUCCAAAAGGGUUCUUCGGCUGUCCCUAGGAGAAUCCUUUUUGGCUCCAGGUAUAACCCUUUUCGGUUCAAGGUAAAAUCCUUUUGGGUUCCAUGUAAAAUCCUCUGUGGAAAGGGUUCUACAUGGAACCCAAAAGGGUUCUACUUAACGGGUCUGGCUCCACGAGGGAGCUAAAGGGGGCUUAGCCCCCUCACCUUUAGUUUUAUGUCCCUAUAUAAAAAGAGCAAAAAUUGAUUGACUGACAAGUUGGCGCAAAAUAAUCUGUAUCUCUGCUGUGCUGUGUAGGGGGGCUAUGGAAAGCCACUUGGCAGUUAGGUAUGACUCCUUUGGGUUUCCAUAAAAAGCAAGAAAAAACACUUCUCAUCUCUGUGAUAGGCUAAGUGAAUAAUGUGAUACACCUCCGCCUGUAAUAUUUGAUUUUGAUUUAUAAGGGUGGGGUCAAGUUUACCAUUGAAGCUGCUUCACUCUUAGAUAGCUAGCUGUAAAAAGUGUUACUGUUAUUAGCCUUAGCCUAUUUAGCUAGCUCGAACAGCUAAUCUUUGCCAAAGUACCCAAACAAAGGAGAAGGAGAGCAGUGAGCAUCAGCCUCAAACCACAGAUGCCGCCGCCAAGCCCAGCAGUGAUGAUGCUGCCGAGCUCCAGCUAGCUCCGUGUGAGCCUACCCACCCUUCCACUAGCGCCGCCAGGAUAAUGGCUCCACAGCCACCUCCACAUCUGACUGUUCCUGAUGAUCUUUGAACAGAGCAGCCAGCCCAGGUUAGCCUAGAUUCCUACCCUAGCCGCAGGUUUUCUGUCCUAAAACGUUCAUUUAAUAGCAACUGGUUCAUAGGAAGAGAGUGGCUGGAAUACUCUUACUGCAGAUGCUAUUAUGGUUUUCUUGGUAGCCUAUUGGUUUUCGUUGCUUUAAAUGGAACUGUGCGUAUUGGAAAUGUGUUUAUGGUAGGCUGGCAUUGCUUAAUUGAUUAUGUGGGUGCAAUUUGAUUCAUAGAAGUGUAUUGUGCCAUAUCACAAAGUGUUGCUGAACUCAUGAGCAAGCGGCAUUAAUUUCUAUGUUUGAAGCGGGCCUGUAAAGGCCUAUUUAUUUGGCAAGACAGUUGUGCAUGUCUGCAUCUCACUGUAGUAGGCUGUAGGCUAUGUUUUUGUUAUUUGGAUUUCCAUUUGCCUUUUGUUUACUGUGUUUGUUUACUAUUAAUGUUACUAGCCUAAAUUUAGAUUGAUUUUGUUCUGUUGGCAUUCAUUCGCAUUUGCAGUUGUGCGGGUAUUCUAAGUCAAACUGCUAUUCAGUAUUUUGAUUUGCAUGCAUGACUAACUAGGCUACUACUUUCAGCAUUUAGUUUGCAUUAUUUUGGUAAGACGUGUGUACAGCUGCAUUCACGUAGGCUGUCAAUAGGUGAAUUGUCUUAUCUAUCUUGUAGCAUAUAUUCAUUACCAAAAUGGCCUAGCUGGAGGGUGCUGUCCAUUGUGCUGAAACAGUGCAGCAGAGAUAGGCUACAGAUUUCAAAAGCACUCAAUUAUUGCUGAGUCUCUGCAUUUUAACUUUAUGUUUAUUGUGGUAUAGCGUGAUUAUAUAAACAGAAUUCAAUAUAAUUCCAAUGCAAGAACCCCAAAAUCUUUUGCCCCUUCGCCCAUUUCAACUGCCCCCUUAGUCACUUUAUCCUGGUGCCGUGUCUGACCUGGAACCAAAAAGGGUUCUCCUAUGGGGACAGCCAAACAACCCUUUUAGGUUCUACAUAGCAGGUUUUUUUCUAAGAGUGUAGUAGGUGGUUUUCUUUUUUUCUGUCUCACACUUUUAAUUUUCCUUCCUGUUCUCUCUUAUACCUGAUUUCACCAACCAGCAGUGGACAGAGAGGAAAGGGGGAGGAGGAGAGGGAGGAAGGGGGAGGGGGAGGGAAGAGGAGGGGGAGAGCAGAUCUCCCCUGAAGGAAAUGAGACAUAACAACAGCACUGUCUGACAAACACUAUCUCAUCUGGAGAUACUUGAGGGUUCAGGUCAACGAGAUAAUAAGGAGAGAGAGAGAGCGAGAGAGAGAGAGAGAGAGAGAGAGCGAGAGAGAGAGAGAGAGAGAGAGAGAGAGAGAGAGAGAGAGAGAGAGAGAGAGAGAAGCAGCUUUGAAGGUAACAUUAGGAGCAGCACAUUUUUACUUUUUAUAACCCCUCCUUUCAAUCAAUGUAUUUUCAGUGUAUCUCAAGUCAUAGUUUCUGACUAGAGAGAUGCGCUAGUAUUCAUUGUUACACAAGUACCAGAAUAAGCUGUUUUCUGCCUCAAACACAAACAUUCUAAUGUCCUUGCUGUGUUUGAACAUAUUCAACAGGGCAGGCAGGAGACUAAGGGCUUGUUUCCUCUAGACUCAGUCUGGCCGUGUGAUUGGUGCAGCCAGGCCACAUUAUCAGUAGUGGAAAUCAAAACACAUUGGAGGCCUCCUCACUCCAGUCAAACUGCUUUCAUUCCAAACACAAGGCUUGCACACAGGGUUUUCUCCAAAUAUGUUUUCAGGCAUAUUUUCCAUCACCUAACACUUUUACUGAGGUCGUUUAUCACACUUUAACUAGUGCCAACACUCCAGAUCACCUUGUAACAUUUUUAAGUAAUUGGCACAGUAUUAUCUGGAUUCCUGUAUUUUCUCCUCAAAGUAAAGUCUUAAGCUUCACCCUUUUCUGUUCUUUCUACAGCUAUACCUCUCUUAUUCAGAGCGACUUACAGUAGUGAGUGCGUACAUUUUCGUACUGGUCCCCCGUGGGAAUCAAACCCACAACCCCCAUGCUCUACCAACUGAGCCACACGGGUCUCUCUCUCUCUCUCUCUCUCUCUCUGUCUGUCUCACCACAAUGGCCCUUGGUCACUUGCCUAUCCAUGCAUAUCACUGUUCAGCUCCUUUAUAGGCUCUAAGACUCACAGUGUGCCACAGCCUUUACAGACAUAUGAAGCCCUCAGUCUAUAAGUCUCUCUAUAGGCCUAGCUCUACACCCAGAGGGAGAGAGAGGAAGUUCCGGUCUCCGAGUGUCUGAACUGUAGUAGAGUUCAUCCCCUUCUCUCUCCCCUCCAGGUUUAUGUGUUCAUUGGGGGGUUGUAACUCUGUCCAAACAGGCCGCAGGGCUGGCUAGCCUCGUAACUCAACCCAACACUCCCAUGUAAGGCUUUUCACACCUUUGAGUCAACAGGUCCAAUGGGUCUCAUAGGGAUGGGAACAGGCCACGCCUUGUCCCAGCGACCCUACUGAGCACACACAGUAAUACACACACACGUGCGCGACACAUACAAAGAGACACACACACAUACACAUACACAUCGGCACAAAUACAGUACACACAUUCACACACACGCUCCAAGAUACCUACUCUCACACUCCAUCCCACCUCUCCACCCUCACUUUACUGUCCCAUUCAACUGACCAAACACAAGAGCUCGUGUGUCCCCUCAACACCGCCUCCAAUCACCCUAUAAACCUGCCAGGGUAAUUCAUGCAUCUGGCCCCAGCUAACCCCAUAAAACACAUGCUGCAAGUCAGGGGUCAGCACUAGGCUUUCAGUGUGGAUCUAUCAGCACGACAACAAACCUUUCAAACACUCCCACCACUGUUGUCUGUGUGUAUGCGCGCGUGCGUGCGCACAUUUGCCAAGGAAAUUAUCUUUGUUCCCUGUGAUUUAUUAAGUUCCCAUAUUACUCCACAUAAAUGAAAAUCCUAAAUAUUACACAGAAAUACAUAGUGAUGGAAACAUAGUCUUAUCCAUGUGCAUAGUAUUCAGUAAAUGGAAAUGAUUACAUUUUUUCUUAGUAUAUGAAAUAUAGUAAAUUAAAUAUGGUGGGAGCCUGUAGCUGGGUGGGCAUGUGGCCCGUAAAGGGGGUCUGGUCUGAGCUCAACACACUUAGGCAUGGGGGCAGGAAGAGAUGCUCCGCUUCCUCUACUACAUCCAGCACGGCAUGCUGGGAGCUGGACCCCGGCUCUUUUUAUGUCCAUGGUCACAUAUUCAUCAAGUCCCGCUCAGGAAACAUGGCUGUCAGGGUUGGUGGUUAGGGGGUUUAAAGGUCACAGCCAAAUCCAACAACAACAACAUUGCUUUUUCUCUGUCUUCCCCCCCAUCUGUGUCCUUCCUUCCUCUCCUCCCUUUGUCUGGACCUUUCUUUAAGGUCUCACAUGUCUCUCUGUGUUCUGGAUUUUUUUCUUUGUGUCAUUAAGAAAGGAGAUUUCCAUUCUACUAUAGUGUAAUAGUGAUACAAUACUGCAUAUGAAGUUAUUUGAGGCAGCAUGCAUGUGUGUGUGAGAGUGUGGAUGUCCACAGUAACUACAUACAUGUGUGUUUUUGCUAGUGUUGAGGAAUGUAGUUGGAGGGAGGGAGAUGUAUUUACAGUCAAACACACACUGAAGCAGUCUUCCAGUGGGGUCCCAUUCAUUAAACACACAUGAAGCCCACUCCUCCUGAGACCAACCAUAGUUAACACACGGUGACUGGACAGUGACUGGACUGUUACUCUACCACACAAACAGAGCUUCUGUGCAGCAUAUGCCCCUCACGGUGUAUCAGAUUGUUGUUUAUUCCAUUCAUUUACUCAUUCAUGUAUUCAUUCAUCAACGUGUUUGUUGAAAAUGUUUAAUGAUUGACUGGUAAGCAUUUGCCAUCGCAUGUGUCUGUCAUCAUUAUUCAUCUCCUGCUCUUGUGUUUGCUUCUCUUCUCUUCUCUUGUAGUCUUCACUGGUAAGUUGUCAUCCGUCAGUCAUCCUCCUCCGCACUGACAGCAACACGACAUCAUUAGUCAUUACAGUCCUCCUCUCCUCCCUCCAAUCCUCCAAUAGGAGUUCACAUUUCAGUUGUCAUGAGCAACUGGGAGUAAGUGGGUAAUAAAAUAAAAUACAUCUAUUUAAGUGAAAAAAAGGUAAACAUAGUCAUUAUUUCAUCCUAUUUUAUGUGAUUUUUAGGAUUUAUGCUUGCAAAAUUUUUCUAUGUUUGUCCUGUUAAACCAAGAUCCAUCUCUCCACCCCUGCAGUGCCCCCAGCGUUCGCCAUGCGCCCCAGAAACCAGGUGGUAGCAGUUGGGAGAAUGGUCACCUUCCAGUGUGAAGCCACUGGCAACCCUCAGCCUGCUAUCUUCUGGCAGAGGGAGGGCAGCAAUGUGAGAUACUAUACAGUUUAUCUAAGUUAUAUAUAUUGAUACAUAGGCCUAUAUGUUGAAGAACGGGUAUUGAAUGCACCGUAUCCUUAGAGUGUAGGUUAUUGAUAACUCCAUGUCCAGUGGAUGUCUCAAGCGUAGACAUGUAAUUCCAGUCUCAAGACCACUCUGUCUCUUUCUCUCCGUCCUCCAGAGCCUGCUUUUCUCCUACCAGCCCCCUCAGCCCUUCAGCCGACUUUCCGUGUCUCAGACAGGCAGUCUGACCAUCGCAGACGCCCAGCGCUCUGACGCUGGCUACUACAGCUGUCAGGCCCUCAACAUCGCUGGCUCCGUCAUCACCAAGGCCCUGCUGGAGGUCACUGACAGUGAGUGAGGGAGGGGAGGAGGGAGGGAUGGUUUCCUCUAAUCAACUGACCAAAGCUCCUCCAUUGGCCUGGUUGACUGAGUUGUGUCUCCAUGAUUGGAAAAUGCUGAAUUACUGAAUAACUACUAGCUGCUUUGCUGACUGGAUGUAUGGCAGAUCAGCCUCUCCUGUAGACUGGUGAGAUGAUGUGGCCUUUAUGGUUCAGUGUUUUGUACUGGUUACUGUUGGCCUUGGUGACUAAUUGUUGUUGGAGUGAUUUCAGGAACCCUCAGCUGCAGGCGUUUGGGCUCCAAAUCACCUGUUCCCAUGGUGACAGUGCAUGCAGACCGCCCAUACCCUCCUUCCCAAUUGAACCCUCCCCCAAAACACACACACACAUAAUCACAUUUUCAUACACACACAUUUUUACACACACAGACAAACACGCACACACACAUAUUUAAACACAGACACCUUUCAUUCUCCUCCCUAAUGCCAUGCUGGUGAACCGAAUUAUGAUCAUCCUGAUAAUUGCAUCAGUUAUUAAAAACAGAAUUAAAAUGUUGAGUCUGGCUCCAAGACCUACAACAGUAAUUACAGCAGCCAGCACCAGCAGCAAAGUCUACUUGGUUAUAAUAAACUGACCUGAGAGAGUAUGAGCGUGUGUGUGUGUGCGUGUGUGGAUGCAUGUGUGUCUUCACUAUGUACAUAUAUUACGUUAAUUAACAUAAUUGCCUGAGGCUGGUACAGGCGGCAGGCGUUGUCUGUGCAUGGCGGUGACUUCAGCAGUGGCAGCUAUUGGUUCUGGGUAAUCAUAUGGUAAUGCUUUCUGCAGCCGCGCCAGGGAAAUGAGAGUCACCCACUUAAUGUACACUCAAUUACACUUAAUGGAAAUGAAACAAGGAUGUAGCAUGUUUGAUUUAAUCUACGUAGCACUCCUCACUCUGCCAUCCCUUAUUUCUCCUUCUAGUGAAUAGGCCUACCCGUCUCUCCCCUCUCCCUUCCCCCUCCACCUCUCUCCCCCUUUCCCCUCCUCCCCCGCAGUUUGAAUGGUGUAUUUGUAUGGAAAUAACUUGCUGCCAUUACCUCUGGUGGUUUUCAAGGUAUUUCCAUUCUUUUCCCCUGUGCCUCUGAUUUUGGAGAGCGUUUUCCCCUCUAUUUCCACUGGGUUGUGAAGUGGGAGAGUGAUGGCUGGCUGCUAUCUAAAUGGGAUUUGUUAUUUGUUGGUCCGUGGUGCUCCUACUACUGCCCAAUGAUUAGCCAGUUGCUCUGGGCAUUGGGAUAAUCUGAUUUCUAUUCCCCUACACUGCCCAACCUGUCACUCCUAUUGUGUUCUUCUCAUGCCAAUUUUCCUCAAUAUCUCUCACAUCUCAUCUGUCCUUGAUUUUCUGUCUGUCUCUUUUCUCUCCAUUCUAUUUUCUCCAUUCUAUUCUCUCCAUUCCUUAUUUCUCUCUAAAUCUGAAGGGAUGAUAGAGAUAACUAUUUAUUCUGACCAGACCUGGGUCAGACCUGGGUUAGACCAUGUGUAUUUGAGUCUUUGUUAUUUAAAUACAUAUUUUCUGUGUAUUUGAGUCUUUUCAAAUAAUGUGGCCCGAAUCAACUACUUACAUUGGAUGUUUUUUAAAAUAGUAUUUUCAAAUAAUUUCCUAUAAAUAGCCUGCUAUUUGAAAUAUUUUUUGUUGUUGAGUAUAACAAACAUUAGGAACACCUUCCUAGUAUUGAGUUGCACACACCUUUUUGCCCUCAGAACAGCCUCAAUUAUUCGGGGAAUGGAGUCUACAAUGUGUCGAAAGCGUUCCACAGGGAUGCUGGCCCAUGUUGACUCCAAUGCUUCCCACAGUUGUGUCAAGUAUUAAAACCUUCCCAAAUCAAAACUAUGGAUAGAUGGCAGCAUUCGCGCAAAACUGAAAGCGCGAACCACCGCAUUUAACCACGGCAAGGUGACUGGGAAUAAGGUUGAAUAAAAACAGAGCAGUUAUGCCCUCCGUAAGGCAAUCAAGCAGGCAAAAGUGGAGUCGCAAUUCAACGGCUCAGACACGAGACGUAUGUGGCGUAUGUGACUCCAGACAAUCAAGGAUUACAAAGGGAAAACCAGCCACGUCGCGGACACCGACGUCUUGCUCCCGACACCUUCUUGCCCACUUUGAUGAUAACACAGUGCCACUGACGCGGCCCGCUCCCGAGGACUGUGGGCUCUCGUUCUCCGUGGCCGACGUGAGUAAGACAUUUAAGCAUGUUAACCCUCGCAAUGCUGCCGGCUCAGACGGCAUCCCUAGCCGCAUCCUCAGAGCAUGCGCAGACCAGCUGGCUGGAGUGUUUACAGACAUUUUCAAUCUCUCCCUAUCCCAGUCUGCUGCCCCCACUUGCUUCAAGAUGUCCACCAUUGUUCCUGUACCCAAGAAAGAAAAGGUAACUGAACUAAAUGAAGUGCUUUGAGAGGCUAGUUAAGGAUCAUAUCACCUCCACCUUAUCUGACACCCUAGACCCACUUCAAUUUGCAUACCGCCCCAAUAGAUCCACAGACGAUGCAAUCGCCAUCGCAGUGCAUACUCCCCUACCCAUCUAGACAAGAUGAAUACCUAUGUAAGAAUGCUGCUAAUUGACUACAGCUCAGCCUUCAACACCAUAGUACCCUCCAAGCUCCUCAUUAAGCUCGGGGACCUGGGUCUGAACCCCGCCCUGUGCAACUGGGUCCUGGACUUCCUGACGGGCCGUCCCCAGGUGGUGAAGGUAAGAAAUAACACCUCCACUACACUGAUCUUCAAUACAGGGGCCCCACAAGGGUGCGUGCUCAGCCCCCUCCUGUACUCCCUGUUCACCCAUGACUGCGUGGCCACGCACACCUCCAGCUCAAUCAUCAGGUUUGCAGACGACACAACAGUAGUAGGCCUGAUUACCAACAAUGAUGAGACAGCCUACAGGGAGGAGGUGAGGGCCCUGGCGGAGUGGUGCCAGGAAAAUAACCUCUCCCUCAACGUCAACAAAACGGGCUUGGCCUCAAAGAACCUCACCAACUUCUACAGAUGCACCAUUCAGAGCAUCCUGUCAGGCUGCAUCACCGCCUGGUAUGGCAAUGGCACCGCCUACAAUCGCAGGGCUCUCCAGAAGGUGGUGUGGUCUUCCCAACACAUCACUGGGGGCACACUGCCUGCCCUCCAGGACACUUACAGCAACCGAGGAAGGCUAAAAAGAUCAUCAAGGACAUCAACCACCCGAGCCACAGCCUGUCCACCCCGCUAUCAUCCAGAAGGCGAGGUCAGUACAGGUGCAUCAAAGCUGGGACCGAGAGACUGAAAAAUAGCUUCUAUCUCAAGGCCAUCAGACUGUUAAAUAGCCAUCACUAGCCUGCCUCCACCCAGUACCCUGCCCUGAACUUAGUCACUGUCACUAGCCGGCUAUCACCCGGCGACUCAACCCUCCACCUUAGAGGCUGUUGUCCUAUGUACAUAGAUAGACAUGGAUCACUGGUCACUUUAGUAAUGGAACACUGGUCACUUUAAUAAUGUUUACAUACUGCUUUACUCAUUUUACAGUGGGGAAAAAAAGUAUUUAGUCAGUCACCAAUUGUGCAAGUUCUCCCACUUAAAAAGAUGAGAGAGGCCUGUAAUUUUCAUCAUAGGUACACGUCAACUAUGACAGACAAAAUGAGAAAAAAAAAUCCAGAAAAUCACAUUGUAGGAUUUUUUUAUGAAUUUAUUUGCAAAAUAUGGUGGAAAAUAAGUAUUUGGUCAAUAACAAAAGUUUCUCAAUACUUUGUUAUACACCCUUUGUUGGCAAUGACACAGGUCAAACGUUUUCUGUAAGUCUUCACAAGGUUUUCACACACUGUUGCUGGUAUUUUGGCCCAUUCCUCCAUGCAGAUCUCCUCUAGAGCAGUGAUGUUUUGGGGCUGUCGCUGGGCAACAUGGACUUUCAACUCCCUCCAAAGAUUUUCUAUGGGGUUGAGAUCUGGAGACUGGCUAGGCCACUCCAGGACCUUGAAAUGCUUCUUAGGAAGCCACUCCUUCGUUGCCCGGGCGGUGUGUUUGGGAUCAUUGUCAUGCUGAAAGACCCAGCCACGUUUCAUCUUCAAUGCCCUUGCUGAUGGAAGGAGGUUUUCACUCAAAAUCUCACGAUACAUGGCCCCAUUAAUUCUUUCCUUAACAUGGAUCAGUCGUCCUGGUCCCUUUGCAGAAAAACAGCCCCAAAGCAUGAUGUUUCCACCCCCAUGCUUCACAGUAGGUAUGGUGUUCUUUGGAUGCAACUCAGCAUUCUUUGUCCUCCAAACACAACGAGUUGAGUUUUUACCAAAAAGUUCUAUUUUGGUUUCAUCUGACCAUAUGACAUUCUCCCAAUCCUCUUCUGGAUCAUCCAAAUGCACUCUAGCAAACUUCAGACGGGCCUGGACAUGUACUGGCUUAAGCAGGGGGACAUGUCUCGCACUGCAGGAUUUGAGUCCCUGGCGGCGUAGUGUGUUACUGAUGGUAGGCUUUGUUACUUUGGUCCCAGCUCUCUGCAGGUCAUUCACUAGGUCCCCCCGUGUGGUUCUGGGAUUUUUGCUCACCGUUCUUGUGAUCAUUUUGACCCCACGGGGUGAGAUCUUGCGUGGAGCCCCAGAUCGAGGGAGAUUAUCAGUGGUCUUGUAUGUCUUCCAUUUCCUAAUAAUUGCUCCCACAGUUGAUUUCUUCAAACCAAGCUGCUUACCUAUUGCAGAUUCAGUCUUCCCAGCCUGGUGCAGGUCUACAAUUUUGUUUCUGGUGUCCUUUGACAGCUCUUUGGUCUUGGCCAUAGUGGAGUUUGGAGUGUGACUGUUUGAGGUUGUGGACAGGUGUCUUUUAUACUGAUAACAAGUUCAAACAGGUGCCAUUAAUACAGGUAACGAGUGGAGGACAGAGGAGCCUCUUAAAGAAGAAGUUACAGGUCUGUGAGAGCCAGAAAUCUUGCUUGUUUGUAGGUGACCAAAUACGUAUUUUCCACCAUAAUUUGCAAAUAAAUUCAUAAAAAAUCCUACAAUGUGAUUUUCUGGAUUUUUUUCUUCUCAAUUUGUCUGUCAUAGUUGACGUGUACCUAUGAUGAAAAUUACAGGCCUCUCUCAUCUUUUUAAGUGGGAGAACAUGCACAAUUGGUGGCUGACUAAAUACUUUUUUUCCCCACUGUAUAUUUAUAUACUGUAUUUUACUGUAUUAUAGUCAAUGCUCGUCCUAAUAUUUACACUACCAGUCAAAAGUUUGGACACACCUACUCAUUUAAGGGUUUUUCAUUCUUUUUACAAUUUUUUACAUUGUAGAAUAAUAGUGAAGACAUCAAAACUAUGAAAUAACACAUAUGGAAUCAUGUAUUAACCAAGAAAGUGUUAAACAAAUCAAAAUAUAUUUUAUAUUUGAGAUUCUUCAAAUAGCCACCCUUUGCCUUGAUGACAGCUUUGCACACUCUUGGCAUUCUCUCAACCAGUUUCAUGAGGUAGUCACCUGGAAUGCAUUUCAAUAAACAGGUGUGCCUUCUUAAAACUUAAUUUGUGGAAUUUAUUUCCUUCUUAAUGCAUUUGAGCCAAUCAGUUGUGUUGUGACAAGGUAGGGGGGUAUACAGAAGAUAGCCCUAUUUUGUAAAAGACCAAGUCCAUAUUAUGGCAAGAACAGCUCAAAUAAGCUAAGAUAAAUGACAGUCCAUCAUUACUUUAAGACAUGGUCAUAUAUAUGGAAUAUGGAAAAUGUCAAGAACUUUUAAAGUUUCUUCAAUUGAAGUCGUAAAAACCAUCAAGCGCUAUGAUGAAACUGGCUCUCAUGAGGAACGCCACAGGAAUGGAAGACCCAGAGUUAACUCUGCUGCAGAGGAUAAGUUCAUUAGAGUUACCAGCCUCAGAAAUUGCAGCCCAAAUAAAUGCUUCAAGUCACAGACACUUCUCAAUAUCAACUGUUCAGAGGGGACUGUGUGAAUCAGACCUUCAUGGUCGAUUUUCUGCAAAGAAACCACUACUAAAGGACACCAAUAAGAAGAAGAGACCUACUUGGGCCAAGAAAAUUGAGUGAUGGACAUUAGACCGGUGGAAAUGUGUCCUUUGGUCUGGAGUCCAAAUUGGAAAUUUUUGUUUCAAACUGCUGUGUCUUUGUGAGAUGCGGUGUGGGUGAAUGGAUGAUCUCCGAAUGUGUAGUUCCCAUCGUGGUAGCCAUGCUGGUGACACUGUCUGUGAUUUAUUUAGAAUUCAAGGCACACUUAACCAGCAUGGCUACCACAGCAUUCUGCAGCUAUACGCCAUCCCAUCUGGUUUGGGCUUAGUGGGACUAUAAUUUGUUUUUCAACAGGACACCUCCAGGCUGUGUAAGGGCUAUUUUACCAAGAAGGAGAGUGAUGGAGUGCUGUAUCAGAUGACCUGGCAUCCACAAUCCCCCGUCCUCAACCCAAUUGAGAUGGUUUGGGAUGAGUCGGACGGCAGAGUGAAGGAAAAGCAGCCAACAAGUGCUGAGCAUGUGUGGGAACUCCUUCAUGACUGUUGGAAAAGCAUUCCAGGUGAAGCUGGUUGAGAGAAUGCCAAGCGUGUACAAAGCUGUCAUCAAGGCAAAGGGUGGCUAUUUGAAGAAUCUCAAAUAUAAAAUAUAUUUUGAUUUGUUUAUCACUUUUUUGGUUACAACAUGAUUCCAUAUGUGUUAUUUCAUAGUUUUGAUGUCUUCACUAUUAUUCUACAAUGUAAAAAAUAGUAAAAAUAAAGAUAAACCCUUGAAUGCAAAAAAAAAAAAAAAAAAAAAAAAAAAUGUAUUCACUAACUGUAAGUCGCUCUGGAUAAGAGCGUCUGCUAAAUGACUAAAAUGUAAAUGUAAUGAGUAGUUGUGUCCAAACUUUUGACUGGUACUGUAUUUAUUUCUUAAUUCCAUUAUUUUACUUUGAGAUUUGUGUGUAUUGUUGUUAAUUGUUAGAUACUACUGCACUUUUGGAGCUAGGAACACAAGCAUUUCGCUACACCCGCAAUAACAUCUGUUAAAUAUGUAAAUGUCACCAAUAAAAUUUGAUUUGAUUUGAAGUUGGCUGGAUGUCCUUUGGGUGGUGGACCAUUCACACAGGAAACUGUUAAGCGUGAAAAACCCAGCAGUGUUGCAGUUCUUGACAAACCGGUGCGCCUGGCACCUACUAUCAUACCCCGUUCAAAAGGCACUUAAAUCUUUUGUCUUGCCCAUUCAUCCAGUGAAUGGCACACAUACACAAUCCAUGUCUCAAUUGUCUCAAGGCUUUAAAAUCCUUCCUCCUCCCGUUAAUCUAUACUGAUUGGAGUGGACAUCAAUAAGGGAUCAUAAGGGAUCAUAAGACAUCAAUAAGCGAUCAAAGCUUUCACCUGGAUUCACCUGGUCAUUCUAUGUCAUGGAAAGAGCAGGUGUUCUUGAUGUUUUGUAUACUCAGUGUAUAUUUAAUACUAUUUUCAAAAACUUGGGUUAAAUGCAUGGGAGUUUAUUUGAGUCAGUUUAUUUGAGAUUUUAAUAAAAUACUUUCAAAUGUAUUUCCAAAUGCAUUCCAAUAUUCAACUACUUGUCUUGAAAAGAAAGUGAAAUAUUUACUUCCCAAGUCAUUGAAAUACCCUAAAUAGUAUUUGAACCCAGGUCUGAUUGCGACAGUAUAACUGGUAUUAAACAGUACAUUCUCCCUCUCCCUUUUGAAUAGUGGUGUCAGAACGCCCCCCUCCCGUGAUCCGACAGGGCCCAGCCAAUCAGACGGUACCUGUGGACAGCACAGUGGUCCUGGGUUGCAUAGCAACAGGAACCCCCACUCCAACAGUCCACUGGAAGAAAGACGGGGUGGUGGUGUCCCCCGAGGACUCCCGCAUCACCCAGAUAGACACAGGAGCCCUGCAGAUCCGCUACACUAAGGUAGGGGGCAGCAUAACACCCCUCUCACACAUAGAGACCACCACUCAGACACUACUGAAUGAAACCACUCUCACACUGUGUUUCCUCAGCUUGGAGAUACAGGUGUAUACACCUGUUUGGCGUCCAGCCCCAGUGGAGAGGCAUCCUGGAGGGCCUACGUGGAGGUGGAAGAGUUUGGAAUGGUGGUCCAGCCGGGUCGACCCACAGACCCUAACCUGAUCCCCAGUGCCCCGUCCAAGCCUGACGUGACUGACGUCAGCCGCACCUCUGUCACACUGUCCUGGAAACCCAACCCUAACGCUGGGGCCACGCCCACUUCCUAUGUUAUCGAGGCAUUCAGGUACAGUGCCUUGCAAAAGUAUUCAUCCCCAUGGCGUUUUUCCUAUUUUGUUGCAUUACAACCUGUAAUAUACAUAGAUUUUUUAUUUGGAUUUCAUGUAAUGGACAUACAUAAAAUAGUCCAAAUUGGUGAAGUGAAAUGAAAAAAAUAACUUGUUUCAAAACAUUCUAAAAAAUAAUAACGGAAAAGUGAUGCGUGCAUAUGUAUUCACCCCCUUUGCUAUGAAGACCCUACAUAAGAUCUGGUGCAACCAAUUACCUUCAGAAGUCACAUAAUUAGUUAAAUAAAAUCCACCUGUGUGCAAUCUAAUUGUCACAUGAUCUCAGUAUAUAUACACCUGUUCUGAAAGGCACCAGAGUCUGCAACAACACUAAGCAAGGGGCACCACCAAGCAAGCGGCACCAUGAAGACCAAGGAGCUCUCCAAACAGGUCAGGGACAAAGUUGUGGAGAAGUGCAUAUCAGGGUUGGGUUAUAAAAAAUAUCCAACACUUUGAACAUCCCACAGAGCACCAUUAAAUCCAUUGUUAAAAAUUGGAAAGAAUAUGGCACCACAACAAACCUGCCAAGAGAGGGCCGCCCACCAAAGCAAACAUGUUUGGUGUUUGCCAAAAGGCAUGUGAGAGACUCCCCAAACAUAUGGAAGAAGGUACGCUGGUCAGAUAAGACUACAAUUGAGCUUUUUGGCCAUCAAGGAAAACGCUAUGUCUGGUGCAAACCCAACACCUCUCAUCACCCCGAGAACAACAUCCCCACAGUGAAGUAUGGUGGUGGCAGAAUCAUGCUGUGGGAAUGUUUUUCAUCAGCAGGGACUGGGAAACUGGUCAGAAUUGAAGGAAAGAUGGAUGGCGCUAAAUACAGGGAAAUUCUUGAGGGAAACCUGUUUCAGUCUUCCAGAGAUUUGAGACUGGGACGGAGGUUCACCUUCCAGCAGGACAAUGACCCUAAGCAUACUGCUAAAGCAACACUCGGGUGGUUUAAGGGGAAACAUUUAAAUGUCUUGAAAUGGCCUAGUCAAAGCCCAGACCUCAAUCCAAUUGAGAAUCUGUGGUAUGACUUAAAGAUUGCUGUACACCAGCGGAACCCAUCCAACUUGAAAGAGCUGGAGCAGUUUUGCCUUGAAGAAUGGGCAAAAAUCCCAGUGGCUAGAUGUGCCAAGCUUAUAAAGACAUACCCCAAGAGACUUGCAGCUGUAACUGCUGCAAAAGGUGGCUCUACAAAUUAUUGAAUAGUUAUGCACGCUCAAGUUUUCUGUUUUUUUGUCUUAUUUCUUGUUUGUUUCACAAUAAAACAUAUUUUGCAUCUUCAAAGUGGUAGGCAUGUUGUAUAAAUCAAAUGAUGCAACACCCCCAAAAAAUCUAUUUUAAUUACAGGUUGUAAGGCAACAAAAUAGGAAAAAUGCCAAGGGGGGUGAAUACUUUCGCAAGCCAAUGUAAGUUUAGGAGGGCCGAGAUGUGUGUCUAUUUUGUGUGUUCAUGGCUGUAUCUACAGUGCCUUCAGAAAGUAUUCAUACCCCUUCACUUAUUCAACAUUUUGUUGUGUUACAGCCUGAAUUCAAAAUGGGUUAAAUAUAUUUUCUGGGUCAACCAUCUACACACAAUACCCCAAAAUGAAAAAGUGAAAACAUGUUUUUUAUUGAAAAUGAAAUACAGAAAUAUCUAAUUUACAUAAAUAUUCACACCCAUGAGUCAAUACUUUGUAGAAGCACCUUUGGUGGCGAUUACAGCUUUGAGUCAUCUUGGGUAUGUCUAUCAGCUUUGCACGUCUGGAUUUGGGGAUUUUCUCCCAUUCUUCCUUUUUUCUCAAACUCUGUUAAGUUAGAUGGUGAGUGGCAGUGAACAGCAAUCUUCAAGUCUUUCCACAGAUUUUCAAUGGGAUUCAAGUCUGGGCUUUGGCUGGGCCACUCAAGGACUUUCACAUUCUUGUUCUGAAACCAUUCAAGCAUUGCUUUGGCUGUAUGCUUGGGGUCAUUGUCCUGUUGGAACAUACAUCUUCUCCCUACUCAAAGGUUGUUUGCACUCUGAAGCAGGUUCUCAUCAAGGAUUUGCCUGUAUUUGACUCUAUUCAUUGUUCCCCUAUCCUUACCAGUCUCCCAGUUCCUGCCGCUGAAAAGCAUUCCCAUAGCAUGAUGUUGCCCCCAUCAUGCUUCACGGUAGGGAUGGUGUUAAACGGGUGAUGAGCUGUGCCUGGUUUUCUCCAGACAUAGUGCUUUGCAUUCAGGCCAAAGUGUUAAUUUCUUUCUCCUCAGACCACAGAAUAUUUUGCCUUAUGCUCUCAGAGUAUUUCUCGUGCCUUUUUGAAAACUCCAGGCGUGCUAUCAUGUGGCUUUUUCUCAGGAGUGGCUUUCCUCUGGCCACUCUCCCACAAAGCCCAGAUUAGUGAAGUGCUGUAGAGACUGUUGUCCUACUGGCAGGUUCUCCCAGCUCAGCCAAGGAACUCUGUAGUUCUGUCAGAUUGUUCAUUGGGUUCUUUGUCACCUCUCUGACUAAGGUCCUUCUUGCCCGGUUGCUCAGUUUGGUUGGAUGGCCAGCUUUAGGCAGAGUCUGAGUAGUUCCAUAUUUGUUCAAUUUCCCAAUGAUGGAGACCACUGUCCUCUUGGAAACUUUCAACACUCUAGAAAUUGAUUUAUACCCUUCCCCAGAUAUAGUGGGGAGAACAAGUAUUUGAUACACUGCCGAUUUUGCAGGUUUUCCUACUUACAAAGCAUGUAGAGGUCUGUAAUUUUUAUCAUAGGUACACUUCAACUGUGAGAGACGGAAAAAAAAUCCUGAAAAUCACAUUGUAUGAUUUUUAAGUAAUUAAUUUGCAUUUUAUUGCAUGACAUAAGUAUUUGAUACAUCAGAAAAGCAGAACUUAAUAUUUGGUACAGAAACCUUUGUUUGCAAUUACAGAGAUCAUACGUUUCCUGUAGGUCUUGACCAGAUUUGCACACACUGCAGCAGGGAUUUUGGCCCACUCCUCCAUACAGACCUUCUCCAGAUCCUUCAGGUUUCGGGGCUGUCGCUGGGCAAUACGGACUUUCAGCUCCCUCCAAAGAUUUUCUAUUAGGUUCAGGUCUGGAGACUGGCUAGGCCACUCCAGUACCUUGAGAUGCUUCUUACGGAGCCACUCCUUAGUUGCCCUGGCUGUGUGUUUCGGGUCGUUGUCAUGCUGGAAGACCCAGCCACGACCCAUCUUCAAUGCUCUUACUGAGGGAAGGAGGUUGUUGGCCAAGAUCUCGUGAUACAUGGCCCCAUCCAUACUCCCCUCAAUACGGUGCAGUCGUCCUGUCCCCUUUGCAGAAAAGCAUCCCCAAAGAAUGAUGUUUCCACCUCCAUGCUUCACGGUUGGGAUGGUGUUCUUGGGGUUGUACUCAUCCUUCUUUUUCCUCCAAACACGGCGAGUGGAGUUUAGACCAAAAAGCUCUAUUUUUGUCUCAUCAGACCACAUGACCUUCUCCCAUUCCUCCUCUGGAUCAUCCAGAUGGUCAUUGGCAAACUUCAGACGGGCCUGGACAUGCGCUGGCUUGAGCAGGGGGACCUUGCGUGCGCUGCAGGAUUUUAAUCCAUGACGGCAUAGUGUGUUACUAAUGGUUUUCUUUGAGACUGUGGUGCCAGCUCUCUUCAGGUCAUUGACCAGGUCCUGCCGUGUAGUUCUGGGCUGAUCCCUCACCUUCCUCAUGAUCAUUGAUGCCCCACGAGGUGAGAUCUUGCAUGGAGCCCCAGACUGAGGGUGAUUGACCGUAAUCUUGAACUUCUUCCAUUUUCUAAUAAUUGCGCCAACAAUUGUUGCCUUCUCACCAAGCUGCUUGCCUAUUGUCCUGUAGCCCAUCCCAGCCUUGUGCAGGUCUACAAUUUUAUCCCUGAUGUCCUUACACAGCUCUCUGGUCUUGGCCAUUGUGGAGAGGUUGGAGUCUGUUUGAUUGAGUGUGUGGACAGGUGUCUUUUACACAGGUAACGAGUUCAAACAGGUGCAGUUAAUACAGGUAAUGAGUGCAGAACAGGAGGGCUUCUUAAAGAAAAACUAACAGGUCUGUGAGAGCUGGAAUUCUUACUGGUUGGUAGGUGAUCAAAUACUUAUGUCAUGCAAUAAAAUGCAAAUUAAUUACUUAAAAAUCAUACAAUGUGAUAUUCUGGAGUGUACAUAUGAUAAAAAUUACAGACCUCUAAAUGCUUUGUAAGUAGGAAAACCUGCAAAAUCGUCAGUGUAUCAAAUACUUGUUCUCCCCAAUGUAAAUGCAUCAUCACAAUUCUAUCUCGGAGAUCUACAGACAGUUCCUUGGACUUCAUGGUAUAGUUUCUGCUCUGACAUGCACUGUCAACUGUGGGACCUUAUAUAGACAGGUGUGUUUCUUUCUAAAUCAUGUCCAAACAAUUGAAUUAGCCACAGGUGGACUCUAAUCAAGUUGUAGUGACAUCUCAAGGAUGAUCAAAGGACAUUGGAUGCACAUGAGCUCAAUUUGAAGUGUCAUAGCAAAGGGUUUGAAUACUUACGUAAAUUGAUUAUUUCUGUAAUUCAUUUUCAAUAAAUAUGCAAACAUUUCUAAAAACAUUUUCACUUUGUCAGUAUGGGGUAUUGUGUGUAGAUGGGUGAGAAAACAAAUGAAUUUAAUCCAAUUUUGAAUUCAGGCUGUAACACAACAAAAUGUGGAAUAAGUCAAGGAGUAUGAAUCCUGUCUGAAGGCACUGUGUAUGCACUGUUGUGAGUGAUUGACCAUUAUUCCUCCCUCUGUGCAGUCACGCGUCGGGGAGUAGCUGGGUGACUCUGGCUGACCACGUGAAGACAGAGACCUUUGUCCUGAAGAACCUCAAGCCAGGUGCAGUCUACCUGUUCUUGGUGAGAGCAGCCAACGCCUACGGCCUCAGUGACCCCAGCCCUAUCACUGAUGCUGUCAGAACACAAGGUGAGACAACCCUCUCCUCUACCAGCUCUACCUGAUGAUAGAGUAACAUUUAUCUGAUGACAGAGACACUGAGACUUAGUGGUUCUCAUAUCCUAACCACAUGGCUUGGCUGGGGCAGAGUGAGUGCCUGAGUGAGCUAACCACUUCCUGUCUCUGUGUCCCCAUGCAGACACCCCUCCCACAAGCCAAGGAGUGGACCACCGUCAGAUCCAGAGGGAGCUAGGGGACGUGGUGGUCAAUCUGCACAACCCCACCAUCCUCUCCUCCUCCUCCGUCAGGGUGCAGUGGACAGUGAGUAGAGUCCUGGCCCUGGGCCUAACUGGGCCUAACUGGGCCUAACAGGGCCUGGGCUGUCUGCAGAUAAAGUCCUGCCAGAAGAGGUUACCCUAGUGUUUGUCUGUGUCAGCUGUUUUAGAAUUAUUACACCCAGUUUCUUACACUGCUUGUUCUGUUGGUCUCCCUACACCGUGCUGUGCUGGCAUGGCUAUGCCUAAUAUUCACAAAAGGCUACACAAAUAUGAUUACAUUUAUUGAGAAAUGAUGUUCUUCAGAACACAUAGUUGAGUCUGUAGGCAUAGACUGUGCUGUAUAGCCAGCUGUGUGAAGAUGUGGGUAGGAUGUGGAACUAUUGGCCUAAUCAAGACCACCUGUGCUGACAGAGUGAGUUUUGAUCCUGGCCUAUGAUAGAGGACGUUUAUACGUUGUGAGACGUUUCUCCCUCUCUCCCCCAUGAAGGGCUAAGGGUUAGUUCCAUCAGUGAUGUAUGAGCUGACAUCUGCACAUGUCAGGGGUGCAGUCCUAAACAGAGCCAGAGUGUUUAGUUGAGCAGGGCCAAAGCCAGGCAACCAGGCAGGGAGAAGGCAUCCCCAUGGCCAGCAUCUGUGGACGUUGGUUGGAGGGUUUUUGACUUUCAGCAUACGUGGACAAACAAUUAUUAAUAGGGCCACUGCACAGUACACACGAACAUGAUACUUAAAAAAAUGGGUGAUAACACUUUGUUAUAGGCCAUUGCCAAGUAACAAGUCAUGGGCCCAGUCAUUCAUAAAGUGCUUAUGAAGUGCUAGGUUCCUUAGCUGUAUCUACGAUACCUAACUCUGAGGACAAUGUUUCUGUGAGUACUGGUUAGCAGUGUCCUCCUGGCAGUGUCCUAACCAGUCCCAGGCUCUCAGGAAACUGGCGGCUAGUGAUGACCUCAUGCUGUGGUUUCUCUGAGCUCUGGGAGAUGAGAGGGGGUGUAACCUAAGCUCUCCCGUGGGCUCGGGGGACAACAUAGCACAGGGCUAAAGACCUCUCCUGGAGGAUGUUCUCUGUAUAUGGUUACCAGCCCAACACACGUAGCAGGAGAGUUAUGGUUCAUAAUUUAUAUUACUUUUGAAUGUGGUGUUUUUCUACAUGCGACACACUGGCCAACAUCUGCGAGCACUGUUCUACAGUAUGUCCUGCUGGUAUAAUGGCUCUUUGACACUGGCUUCAUAGAUCCCAGAGGCUUACAAUUAAAUUGCUUUUGGUUGGAACUACAAUAUUAAAAAUCAAUGGCCAUGGCAACCAACAUUUUAUAGUUAUUUAAUAGACUAAUUUACAGUUGUGUUCCUUUUUCCAGUGUGGGAAGUAGGGGUGCUACACAAAAUGAGUGAACUGGGCCUUUAUUACUCCCCCCCCUCGACAGCACCCCCAACCCAAAACAUCUUCCCGCGGCCAUAACACUUCUUCUAAAAUGUAUGAUGCCAGCUAAGAAAUCCUAAUAUCUAUUUCCCUUCUCUGCCACUAGGUGGAGCAGCAGUCUCCGUACAUACAGGGUUAUAAGGUGAUGUACAGGGCGUCUGCUGAGCUGGGCCAGCCAGGGGGGCAGUGGGGCGUGUUCGAGGUGCGGACCCCUGGAGAGGACGGUGCUGUGGUGCCUCAGCUGAAGAAAGGGGUCACCUACGAGUUCAAAGUGCGUCCCUUCUUUGAUGAGUUUCAGGGAGCGGACAGCGAGGUUAAGGUGGCCAGGACGCUGGAGGAAGGUAAGAGGCUGGGGUCAGGGGUCAGGGGUCAAGGGCUGCUGUUAGAGAGGGUUGUGAUUGGAAGUGUGGACGGAGAUGAAAGGUUUCAUACAGCCGUUAUAGUGUUAGGUUGGAUUAGGUUGUUUUGUGAGAGUUUUAGUAGUCUAGGCAAGUUAAAACAAAGACAAUGACAUUUUACAUGUAUAAGUAAAUGAAUGACAAUUUUGAGAAACCAUAACACAUCCCUUACACCAUACUGUGCUUACUAAUUGUUCCAGAGAGAUGUGUGGACAUUACUGAAUGGUUGUAGUAAUCAACAUUGGAGAGGUUUGGGAGUUUCACAUUGUUUAAAGCUUAUAUGUGUGUAGUGACGGUUCCAAAGGGCUCUUACAGUUUGUGUACUCUGUAUAGAUGAGUGCGUAGCAGCAGCUGUGGAGACAAAUUGCGUUGUUAAUUGUUAUCUGAGUUUAUACGUAGAGCCCCAGCGAGCCCGAGACAACAGACAUGCCUGCUUUCAUUAUCUUUAACCAGGAGGUGACUAAGCUCCCGAGGCCAAUGCACUACUGAUUCAGUUUAAUUGCUCUCAUCAGGUGACUAGCACCAUCACCACAGCACAGGACACAAAGCCUCCAGGCAUUACCAAAGCUCCAGCAAUGUACCAUUCAACACAGCAUCAGCUCAGUCAAUUCCUGUAUUAUAUUGAUGAAAAACUUGCCACAUUGACCUGUGGCUUCAUGUGGGUUUCAUACCCGUAGGCAGAUAAUUGCAAGAGGAUGUAGAGGGAUGAGCGAGAUAGCAUUCCAUGCCCCAGCUCGUCAGAGAAAACAUUGUUGCACAUUUUCAAAAAUCUGCUCACCUUACAAAUGCUAACAAUUAUCACAACAUGAAUACAAAUGAUUCAUUCUAGUUCCAUAACUUUACAAUUCAAAACAUUUUAAGAUAUUAACCUUGAUUUAUUCCACAAAAUGUUCAUUAGCUAGUUAUGAUCAUUCUGUUCAGUAACAUUCCUCUUGUUUAGAGCUUACUGUAUGUAUUCAGAAUACUCUAAAACUACUGCAUAUGUGGCAGGCUGAUGCAUGUGAUUUGAAUUGUCACUAAGUGUUCUUUCAUGUUCAGUAAGAGACAUGGCAGACGCUGAGCAUAGCUCAAAUGAGAGUGAAUGUCUUUGAUGUCAUCAUGAUGUCUGUGUGUCUGUCUGACGGUGUAUUACUGUCUCAGCCCCCAGUGGAGCCCCCCGGAGCAUUACCGUGACGAAGAGCGAUGCCAAUGGGACCGCCAUCCUGGUCACCUGGCAACCACCUUCCGAAGAGGAACAGAACGGAAUGGUACAGGAGUACAAGGUAAGAUGGAGGGAGGGGAACAAACAGAGAGAGGUAUAGAGCAGAACCUCAAGCCUCACACCUUUUCCCUCAAACUUCCUUGGGUGUGUGUGUUUUUAGUUGCUUCAGCAAAGGUGGACCAAGUAUUGAUGAGGCAUUGCCAUCUACUGGGCUAAUGUUGAAAUGUCUUAAAACAGGUAUUUUGGCAUUUACUGAAAGAACCAAGUCCCACUCUUACUAUCAUCCUCCCGCCUUCUUAUACCCUCUCCUCUCCAGAUCUGGUGCCUGGGCAACGAGAGCCGUUACCACAUCAACCGGACAGUAGAUGGCUCCACCUUCUCCGUGCUGAUCCCCAGCCUUGUGCCAGGGAUACGCUACAGCGUGGAGGUCGCCGCUAGCAAUGCCGCCGGCCCAGGGGUCAAGAGCGAUGUCACCUUCUUUCAACUUGGUGAGCUGGUCAACUGUAGUUAACACCUGAUAGCCUCCCCUAAAUUUAGAGCUUCUAAAAAUACAUUUCAAACGUUAUCUGAUCUCAGAACCAGGAAGCGGAGAGGUGAUUUCAGUGUUAAUCCAUUAUCUUUGUCACUGUCUACUUCAGGUCAACACCAGUUCAUCCUGUCUAAGCUCUUUUCAUUUGUAGCCAUCGGAUAGAUGGUCUGUGUGAUUUGCAUACUGUGUCAGUUCUCACCAUGACCAAUGUACACAUUACAGGGUGUCUGUCUCAAGUCCCGACAUGAACAUGUCCCUGAGUCAGCUCACAUUGCUUUUAGUUAGGUAUCAUCAUCAUCAAAAAUAAUUACCAUUUAGCUGUCUCCUGCCCUAGUCUCAGUUUCACCAUACGUAACAAAAAGCACACACACCACAGACACUCGAUUUUCCACCUCUCCUUCUUCUUAGCACAUUCCAGCCUUUUCACAUGAUCCAUAUCAAGUGUUUAGAGUAACUUCAUGGAGCCAAUUCAUUAAGAAAAUGUCACCUUGAGUCAAGUCUCAAACCUUGGCGUCCAGUUCACCUCUUGGCCUAUCACUCUAAAGAGGAGCAGAGAAUGAGAACAUUCUUCAUGACAGAUUAUGUGUCCAGAUGUCUUUAGAGAUAUCUCCUUUCUCCAGCUGACUCUCCUAUCUCCUCUCUAUAAUGUUGUUUUUCAUCUCAGACUCCUGCCCUUCAGUUGAACUUUAAUGUUUUGAAGGACUGAUGUUUGUCCUUCAGGAUCAGCCUCACUUUCUAUGAUGGAUAUACUAUGUACAUGUUCUACGUGUCAAUCUCCUCUCCUCCUCUUCCUCCCCCUCUCCUCCAGACUCUAAGGGUCAGAUGAUGGACAGUCCUGAGGACCAGGACACGCUAUCUCAGAUCUCAGACGUGGUCAAGCAGCCGGCGUUCAUAGCGGGCAUCGGUGCCACCUGCUGGGUGGUCCUCAUGGUGUUCAGUGUGUGGCUUUACCGCCACCGCAAGAAGAGGAGCGGCCUUAGCAGCAGCUACGCCGGUAUACGCAAAGGUCUGUAGUAGAUGUGGGUUUAGGUGUAUAUAUCGGUGUGUGUAUGGGUGACUGUGUGUGUGUGUAUUGGUGACUGUUUUUAUUUUUUUAUUUUUUUUAUUUCACCUUUAUUUAACCAGGUAAGCCAGUUGCGAACAAGUUCUCAUUUACAACUGCGACCUGGCCAAGAUAAAGCAAAGCAGUGCGAUAAAAACAACAACACAGAGUUACAUAUGGGGUAAAACAAAACAUAACGUCAAAAAUACACCAGAAAAUAUAUAGUGUGUGCAAAUGUAGUAAGUUAUGGAGGUAAGGCAAUAAAUAGACCAUAGUGCAAAAUAAUUACAAUUAGUAUUAACACUGGAAUGAUAGAUGUGCAAGUGAUGAUGUGCAAAUGGAGAUACUGGGGUGCAAAUGAGCAAAAUAAAUAACAAUAUGGGGAUGAGGUAGUUGGGUGGGCUAAUUUCAGAUGGGCUGGUAAGGUGCUCUGACAACUGCUAAGGUGCUCUGACAACUGAUGCUUAAAGUUAGUGACACUGUGUGUGUGUAUGGGUGACUGUGUGUGUGACUGAGAACUUUUUCUUUGAUGUCAGUGUCUUUGAAGGUGUUUACAGUAUUAUACUGCAGUCAGUAGAGUGUCAAAGGUGGAUCACACCCAGCUAAUAUGUUGUUGUGGAGAGAUUGGAGGGACAAGAGAAGAGAUGCUGAUCAUGACAGUGAUUAGAUGAGGAGGGGUGGACGGAGGGAGGGAGGACAUUAGGUUGGUGUUGUGGUCAUUUGGCUGAAUGCUGGUAACCUGAGCUCACUGACACACAGGUUAGACACUGUCCUCUGUGUCACCAGGGUAAUUGCAUUUAUUCACUUCAAUCACAUUAAGGUGUGUUUUUCUGCAGUAGCCUAUAGCGUGACUGGCCUAGUGUCAGUUGCUUUAAUCCUCAAAGUAGGGAGCCUGAUAACCACAUCUCACCCAUAAAAGAGGUUUGUUCUAAUCUUCUCCCCUGACUCAAAGAACUCAAAGGGUAGUGACGAUCAGACGCCUAGCUGGCACAUCCCAGAUUACGCUGACAUUCAAACGGUGACAUUUAGGGCUCAUUUCCAGGCCAGCGCCUGCCGCCUCUCCCUGGUGAGACACAGUUAGAGUAGGGACUGUCAGCCAGGUAUUAUGACAUGUGUUCUAUCACUGUUAUCGCCGUCACUCUGACCACAGGUGACCUCCAUUACCCACAAGGCCACUUGUUCCUGAAACCACUGCGGUAGUGAUUGGUGCGUGCGCGUGCGUGCGUUUGAGUGUGUGUGCGCACAUCAAUAUGUCUGGCGGUUUUUGUGGGGCUUUUUUCACAGGCUUACGAAAUGUAUAUUUUGCAAUCAAUAAAUGACCCCUCUUCUCACUUUCUCUCCCAUCUCCUUUUUCUCUCCUUCCCUCCCUCCUCUGUUUGGCCUUGGGUGUGUUCCUGCAGUUCCAUCAUUCACCUUCACUCCCACGGGUAUGUAUGAAUGUAUUCUGCUGUAAACAUGUAUUUGUGUGCUGAAGGCACAGCUAUUUACCCAUAUGUGUACUGACCUUGAAGCCCCUAUGAUUCAGAGAUGCCUGUACACAAACACAGUUCUCUCCUUAUGUACUCUGUUCCUCCCAGCACUCAAGGCCAAUCUAUUCUCAUAUACAAACAGCUAAUUGACUUAGUGUAUAAGUUAGGUGGCCUCACAUCCAUAAACCAAUUAUUUAAAAAUAUAUAUUUCAGACGGAGGUCAGUACAGGGCUGUGAAGGGAUGUUCUGACAUUACAUUUACACUUGACAUUUUAGUCAUUUAGCAGACGCUCUUAUCCAGAGCGACUUACAGUUAGUGAGCGCAUAUAUUUACAUACAUGAUGUGAAUCAGGUGACAGACAGCUCCUAAAGAGGUCAUUAGCCCCUCCCUGUCCCAUCCUCUUAGAUCAGACAUAGACAACUGACACACAACAAAGCAUAAGGGAAAGGGGGAUACCUAGUCAGUUGUACAACUGAAUGCAUUCAACUGAAAUGUGUCUUCCGUAUUUAACCCAACCCCUCUGAAACAAAGGCAGACAGUGCUGCUGAGUCACGAUGCUUUGUGACGAGUAGAGAGGCAUAACCACAGUCCCAUGUUCCCACUUGUCCUUAACAUACUGACUGUAUUGUAGCAGUAGGAUAGUGUAUCUAAUCAUGUGGUUGAGGUGACUCACCCUCCAGUGAAGAGGACAUGUCUGAAUUGAAGGGGGAUCGUUCAUUGUGAAGUGUGCCUCAGGGUCGAGAUAUCACGUUUUACACUCUCACACUGAUUUUGUUUUUCUGCAUGUACAUCUCUCAACGCCAAGUGCCCCGUGUGUGGGUUACCUGUGUGUGUGUGUGUGUGUUUGUGUGUGUGUGUGUGUGUUUGUGUGUGUAGAGUAUGACUCAUGACAGGAUGUGUCUAUCAGUUGUGAGUCAGACUGAAGAAAGGACAGCUGGAUGAGUACAGAAUGACAGACAGGUCACACCAACCUGGAUUUCCUCUUUCAUUUGUCAUGCUGGUUUCUUUCUUGUGUUUCUCACAUUUGUUCUCUUUCUUUGAUUCAGUGGCCUAUCAGAGAGGAGGAGAGUCUGUCUGCAGUGCUGGGAGGUAAGGGGCAUCAUCCCAAUGUGUGGUUAUAUGUGUACACUUUACCAGAUAGGCUUUUCCCACUGUCUAUAUAGCACGUAUUAUGGUGUUUGAGAAAUGCAGGAGGGUAGGUGGUAAAAGCAACAACAGUAUAUUCCCUACUCUAACCACCAGAGGGAGUUCUCUCCCUGUCUAAUAACUGACGAAGGACAGAAACUCCCAUACACAUCCCUGACUGAAACCCAGUUUACUUGACUUGGAGUAAAAGCUUGUUCUGUGUGAUAAUGGUUUUGGUUGUGUGGUUCUGGUUCAGACCUGGGCUGCUGAACAUGGGGGAGAGUGUGAACCAGCCGUGGCUGGCAGACUCCUGGCCGAACGCCUGUGCCAACCACAAAGACUGCAACAUCAAUUGCUGCAACAGUGGCAACGGCACCAGCGACAGCAACAUGACCACCUACAGCCGCCCAGGUCAGUAACGCUACAGACCUCUUCUGGUGAUAGUGGUCAGGUGCCAGUAGUGGAACAUAUGGUAUAUAGAGAUAUAAUGCAAAUCAAAUGAGCAAUGGAAAAUUAAACAUGGCUUCAACAUAAAACAUGAUAAUUAAUGGUGUUAUGUAUAGGACUUGACUUCCUGUGUGAAGGGUUAAUGAAGGGGUAAAGUGUUACUAGACCUAACCCCAUGUGGUCUCCUCUCCAUAGCCGACUGCAUCGCCAACUAUGGCAGCCAGCUGGAGAAGCAGCAGGGGGGUCUACUGGGGCCUGAGCAGGCUGUGUACAGCGACGUGGACCUCUCCAACAAACUUAACGAGCUCAAGACUUUCAACAACCCCAGCCUGUGCUACAUGGGCCCAGGGGGAGGGCCGCCCACCCCCUACGAGCCCACCCCCUACGCCACCACCCAGCUUAUCCAGUCCAGCAUCCUGAACAAGGCUGCAGCAGCUGGGGCCGGAGCCCCUGACAUACGCUGUUGGAACCAGCCCCCCUCCCAGCUGCAGAAAUCACAGAUGCAGUAUAACAUCAUGGAGCAGAACAACAGGCUUAAUAAAGGUGAGAGGAUUGGAGACUUACAGUAGCAGUGGUUGGAGGGAGGGUAUUUCAGAAGUUAAUUAUGUUUUACUUUAUUUGUUUUACUCUGUGUAGUCAACAUCAGGGGCUCAAGGAACUUUUUCAUGGGGGGGGGGGCUGAAGUGGGGACCAAGAACCAUUAAUGUGAAAUUAUAAUGAACAUAGGGAAGAUAUUCAAGUUAGAUACAUGUUCAGUGGUAACUCCCUUCUCCAAGGAUUUGUUUCCCCUCCAAGGAAUUCUAUGAAAGAUUAAGCUGAUUUACAGCAUUUCUAAUUUAAAAGCCCUAAAAUGCUAUUUGGAGAACAGCAAAAACAAGCAAAAAUGACUCCAGCGUUAUCACCUCGGCUGCUGUAGCUUCAUUAACCUCAGUCGAUAAGGGACAUACACAACAUUCUACAAAAACAUGACAUAUAGCAAUUAGCUGCUACACACUAGCUCAGCCCAGUUUCCUGUCAAGUCAAACAGCAGUUACGAAGCCAUCUUUCACCUCUGCACUUUGUCAACUGAGAGAGAAGUUGAACUGUUCACUGCAUCUGGUCAAUCUGCUCUCCAUAGUCCUAAAGCCAGCCAGCCAAGCAAAGUCUUCGCGCCUGCUCCAAACCUCUAAUACCGCUAAACAGCCUGCCCGCUGCCUCUGAGCCAUCUGCAAGGUCCUAAAGCCAGCCCAAUUCUGCUUGACUGCCAGAACAAACGCACCAACCUUUCCUUUCCAAUCUGAGCCAGACUGACAGCACUCUGACUAAAUGAGAAUGGGGGGAUGCCACCCCAUGACCCCCCUUUGGCAACGCCCCUGGUCAACAUAUCUGUUUAACUCAGGCUGUCUCUUUCUCUCUGUCGCUGCUGUGUCUUCAGACCACUAUAGAGGAGAUGGGCCCCUGCAAGGCACCAUCCCCUAUAACCAGGCCCAUGAACACAGCACAGGAGGCUCCCACCACAGCUCUGACAGGGGCAGCAACAGUACCUCUGGUGAGAGACUGAGCACUCUGAUUAUAGCAAUAGGACAAAUAAGUAUUUUGUUCUGCAGUAUGUUCGAAUAGUUUUUUCUAUUGUCUCUGCAGGGAGCCAAAGUCAUAAGAAGGGAACUCGCACCCCCAAACUGCCCAAAACUAACACAGUGAACUGGGGUGAACCUCUGCCCCCUCCCCCUGCCAACCCCCCACCAAGCCGGAGCUGUGAUGAGUAUACCCUGCACAUGGAAAAAAGCUUUAACCCAGAUGCCCCAUGCCCAAUGCUUACCUCACGGAUGUACCUGCAUCCGGAUGAGAUGGAGGAGGAAGAGCAGGAGGCGGACGAGGGUAUGGAUAGGUGUCCCACUCCCCCUGUCAGAGGGGCAGCCUCUUCCCCUGCGGGUAUGUCCUACAGUCACCACUCUACAGCCACUCUCACCCCCUCACCCCAAGGAGACCAGCACAACAGCCUACACAACGGAACAGACCACCACAGGUAACUAUGAGCCCAACUCACACUGCAUCUCACUCAUCCCAGCUACAACUGUUUAUUGAUCCAUGCUUUGAUCCUUUCCCUUUUUCCCUUCUUAGACAACACGCAGCCAGCCCACCCCCUCCCCCGCGCCCCCUCUCCCCUCCACACACCUACGGCUACAUCUCCAGCCCCCUGGCACUGGAUACUGAUGGGCAGGAGGAAGAGGAGGAGGAGGAUGAAGAAGAAGAAGAGGCAGCGGAUGAGACGGAUGCGGAGAUGGCCCAGGGUCACUACCACCAGCACCAAAAUAACCCCCAGCCCCACCAGAAACAGCCCCACCACCAGCACCACCCUCCCCCACGCAGGCUGCACCUCCGGGGGCUGGAGCAGACGCCGGCCUCCAGCACUGGGGACCUGGAGAGCUCCGUGACGGGCUCCAUGAUCAACGGCUGGGGCUCGGCCUCCGAGGAGGACAACGGCUCGUCAGGACGCUCCAGUGCCAUCAGCUCCUCAGACGGAUCCUUCUUCACAGAUGCAGACUUCGCCCAGGCUGUGGCAAACACUGGGGACUACACAGCAGGCCUACGCAUGGCCAGGUUCCCAGAGGACACAGGGCCAGCAGGUGAGGAGGAAAGGGAAGGGUCAGAAGAAAAAUACUAGAUAUACAGUUGAAGUCGGAAGUUUACAUACACUUAGGUUGGAGUCAUUAAAACUCGUUUUUCAACCACUCCACAAAUUUCUUGUUAACAAACUAUAGUUUUGGCAAGUCGGUUAGGACAUCUACUUUGUGCAUGACACAAGUAAUUUUUCCAACAAUUGUUUACAGACAGAUUAUUUCACUUACAAUUCACUGUAUCACAAUUCCAGUGGGUCAGAGAUUUACAUACACUAAGUUGACUGUGCCUUUAAACAGCUUGGAAAAUUCCAGAAAAUGAUGUCAUGGCUUUAGAAGCUUCUGAUAGGCUAAUUGACAUAAUUUGAGUCAAUUGGAGGUGUACCUGUGGAUGUAUUUCAAGGCCUACCCAGUGCCUCUUUGCUUGACAUCAUGGGAAAAUCAAAAUAAUUCAGCCAAGACCUCAGAAAAAAAAUUGUAGACCUCCACAAGUCUGGUUCAUCCUUGGGAGCUAUUUCCAAAUGCCUGAAGGUACCAUGUUCAUCUGUACAAACAAUAGUACGCAAGUAUAAACACCAUGGGACCACGCAGCCGUCAUACCGCUCAGGAAGAAGACGCGUUCGGUCUCCUAGAGAUGAACGUACUUUGGUGCAAAAAGUGCAAAUCAAUCAACAGCAAAGGACCUUGUGAAGAUGCUGGAGGAAACAAGUACAAAAGUAUCUAUAUCCACAGUAAAACUAGUCCUAUAUCGACAUAACCUGAAAGGCCGCUCAGCAAGGAAGAUGCCAUUGCUCCAAAACCGCCAUAAAAAAGCCAGACUACGGUUUACAACUGCACAUGGGGACAAAGAUCGUACUUUUUUGAGGAAUGUCCUCUGGUCUGAUGAAACAAAAAUAGAACUGUUUGGCCAUAAUGUGGCCAUAAUGUGGUCCUCUGUGGCUCAAUUGGUAGAGCAUGGCACUUGUAACGCCAGGGUAGUGGGUUCGAUCCGCGGGACCACCCAUACGUAUAAAUGUAUGCACACAUGACUUUAAGUUGCUUUGGGUGAAAGCGUCUGCUAAAUGGCAUAUUAAUAAUUAAUAUUAAUAUUAAUAAUGACCAUCGUUAUGUUUGGAGGAAAAAAGGGGGAUACUUGCAAGCCGAAGAACACCAUCCCAACCGUGAAGCACGGGGUGGCAGCAUCAUGCUGUGGGGGUGCUUUGCUGCAGGAGGGACUGGUGCACUUCAAAAAAAUUGAUGGAAUCAUGAGGAAGGAAAAUGAUGUGGAUAUAUUGAAGCAACAUCUCAAGACAUCAGUCAGGAAGUUAAAGCUUGGUCGCAAAUGGGUCUUCCAAAUGGACAAUGACCCCAAGCAUACUUCCAAAGUUGUGGCAAAAUGGCUUAAGGACAAUAAAGUCAAGGUACUGGAGUGGCCAUCACAAAGCCCUGACCUCAAUCCUAUAGAAAAGUUGUGGGCAGAUUUGAAAAAGCGUGUGCGAGCAAGGAGGCCUACAAACCUGACUCAGUUACACCAGCUCUGUCAGGAGGAAUGGGCCAAAAUACACCCAACUUAUUGUGGGAAGCUUGUGGAAGGCUAUCCGAAACGUUUGACCCAAGUUAAACAAUUUAAAGGCAAUGCUACCUAAUACUAAUUGAGUGUAUGUAAACUUCUGACCCACUGGGAAUGUGAUGAAAGAAAUAAAAGCUGAAAUAAAUCAUUCUCUCUACUAUUAUUCUGACAUUUCACAUUCUUAAAAUAAAGUGGUGAUCCUAACUGACCUAAAACAGGGAAUUUUUACUAGGAUUAAAUGUCAGGAAUUGUGAAAAACUGAGUUUAAAAGUAUUUGGCUAAGGUGUAUGUAAUCUUCCGACUUCAACUCUACCUUCUUAUAUAAACAUCCAUGUACUGAAUGUUUGUAUGUUCCCUCAGGGCGAAGGCACCAUCGUCCCAGCAGCCCCCUGUCCACAGACAGCAACAUGAGCUCUGCAGUGAUGCAGAAGAGACCGCCCAAGAGGCACAAGCAGCACCAGGCCCAGGCUGGCCACCAGCAGAGGAACGACUUCACUGAUGGUAAGGGACUGGGUCUGAGACACGGGUCACUUCACGGAACGGCUCUCACAUUGACUUCUCUCAGCUGUACCAUACAAAUUCCUUGGUAAAUAAAGUCUGAAGUUCCAUUUCUGUGUUCUUCUCUCCUCAGACUCCUGUAUGCCCUUGAAGUCUCCUAGUCACAUGUCGCGGUGUGGCUAUGAGGUGAGGGGGGCCACGCUCCCUAGGAUUGGCUCUGGGGAGGGUCGGGGCCGGAGAGGGAGUGCAGGGGGCCAGAGGACCAGAGAGGGCUCUGUGGAGAGACGGGAAGCCCAGGACAAGAACAGGACUCCACAGGGAGGCCAGAGGACCAGAGAGGGCUCUGUGGAGAGACUGGAGGCCCAGGACAAGAACAGGACUCCACAGGGAGGCAAGGGGAGCAGCAAAGCCCGUCAACACCCAGGUACUUACUGCAAUGUAGUCUACUUCCAAUGUGGUUUGUGUAUUGGAACAAAGUAGCGCAAAUAUGAGCUUUAUAACUUUAUGCUUUUAUGUGGUUCCUACAUGUCAAAAUAAAUCCCCUUGAAUCCCUCUCUGUCCCAGGUUCUGAAGACAUCCUCCCGUACAGCAGGCCCUCGUUCCCCUCGGUGCAGGGCCAGAGCCAGGCUCAGAGCUCCUCCAGCUCCAUGUCCUCCCGGGGCUCAGGGGGCCGGAGGAGAGAUGGGGCCCCCGGGGCCCGUAGGAACCCCACAGACACGCUGCCCAGCAUCGCAGGCUUCCAGACCCAGGAAGAGGAACUAGAGGUGAGAACAAGAUACUCAUAAAAGUGUUAGUUUACUCUUUUCCAUUAGUUGAAAUUCUAUGCCCAAAAUCUAGUAUGUCUAUGAGCUUAUUUUGAUGGCCAUUAUUCGAGGGGUUGCAUUAUAAACUUGUGUCUUGUGUCCGCAGCUGCUGGAGAGCUGAGGAUCGUGGGAAGAGGACAGGAAACCCCCACAAUGCCCUCACAGGAAGGCUUGAAUCUGACAUCAGUGACUAUUAUGUAAAUUACUUUUCUUAUCAUACAGAAGAAGGAAAAAAAACAGAACAAUACUUAAUAUUAGUUUUUCUUUUUACAAUUUCUCAUUUGAUGCCAUUUUGGAGGGAAAAAGAAAGUGAGAGAAAAAAGGUGCGAUCACGGUUCAGUUUGUGCACUCACUGGUAUGAAGCAUUAUUAGAUCAUUGUUUACUUGAGUUGUUGGUUGAGAACUGGCUUCCGCCAGACUCUGUGGUGAGCUAGUGCCUAAUAUGAAAGUACAUGCACAUUAGAUAACUGUUGUAUACAGAUACCUUGUCUAGGACCACCUGCUGUGUGGUACCUCAGACUGGUCUUGGCAUGUCUGUUGCGCCUGUUAUAUUACUGUAAUUAAUAUUUGGACUUCACCAUCCAUCUUGUAAAUUGUUCGGUCAUUUUGCUGAACAAAUUUGCUACAAUGGGAUUUUUACAUUUCUUUUUAAUGUAUUUUUGUAAUGCACUGUUAUUGUUUUGUUAUUGAUGUUGGUCUUGUCAAUUUGCGUUAUUUGUUCUACUUUGGUUUCAAAAGCACAAUCACUUAACUUUAUUUUAAACCAUUGUUAUCUAUGACGUUCCGUCUUAAAAGAGGAACAAUGAUAAAAAAUAAUGUUGUUAAUCGUUUUCUGUAUACGAUUGAACUAGUGUUAUGUGUCUUAAUAUUCUGUUUAUGUUAAGGAUUGGGAUGGAAACGAGAAUCCCCUGUCUAGCUUAGGUUUAAUUGAAACCAGAGUGAUCAUUUGGACUGAAGGGGACAUUGCCCAAAGCAGUGACCACAUUCAUCCAUUUAUUAUGACACAAACUACUGUGUUGGUCGGACUAUACCCUCAUGUCUACAAAUGCACUUAUGAGGAAGUGAGAGAGACAGGAGACAAGCUGAGGGACACAUUGUACCAAUAGAGAAGGGUGAGGAAGCCCCAUUUCUCUUACUAGUAGUCUCAUUUCCAGAUAAGUUAAGGGUGGAAAUGUUGAUGGAUCCAUCCUGGAAAAUGGACUUAUCCAUGCCUGAUGAUGGGUAGCAUUUUCUCCAUAAGCAACCAGCACACAGUGACACAUCCACCAUUGUUUCCCAACAAGACAGGGUUGAAGGAAGUGAAAUUAAUACUGACCCAAAAAAAGGACUGGUGACGAAAUACUGGGACUUGAAAAUCCUGCAGCUUGGAGAUGGAACAGCAUGUUGUUGUUGGGUUUAGCUCCGUUAUGGCUACAUCUAGGCCAAGCUUUGAGGCCAUUUCUUUACUUCCUACACAUGUACAAAAUAUGUGAAACGAUGUUCGCUGAGGACACCUGACAUUUGUUUGGAGUUUGCCAUGUUUAAAAGAAUUACACAACUAUGUUCAUGAUGUCAGCCAUGAUAUUUCAUUUCAUUACUGAGUAUGUUAUAAAUGAGAUGAAAAAAAACAUUGUCAUUUUACCACAUUAUUUAUUAUUAAAAUGUCUUCAAAUGCCACUGUCCCUUUUGAGAUCUCUUCUUAUUUUGGGUGGUUCCAUCUUUGUUCACUUGUUAGGUUAAAGCCUUAUUCCUCUAGCAUUGCACCAGUCAAUAGAGCCUAACACAAGGUUGAAGUAAAGAAGGAAGUUGGGAGAUGGCGAGGAAGAGGGAAAGCCACCCAAAAGCCUGUUCUUUAUGGGAAUGUGAUGAGACACGCUGUUUAAUUAACCUCACUCAUGAACCCUCGUGGUUAAUUAACAGAGCAGCUGUGUGCUGUCAAAAGGAAAGAGACGCUCUGGAGCCUAGCACAGGUGUGGCUCUCGGUGUGUGUGUCACAUGUAUGUAUGUAUGUGUGUGUGUGUGUGUGUGUGUGUGUGUGUGUGUGUGUGUGUGUGUGUGUGUGUGUGUGUGUGUGUGUGUGUGUGUGUAGUGGGGGAUGGAUGGCAUUCAAAACUACAGCUACAAGCGGCAGUCAAAAUCCUUUCUUUGUCCUCCUCUGAGAGCAAGAUUGUGAUGUAGAGAAAUAAGCUGUCAAUCAGCUACCCACAUACAGACUCCUCCAGAAAGAGUGUAAUGUGUUCCUAUUGUUUAACUGUAAGUACAUCUCUGCAUAAUCAGCGAGAGCAGAGCAGGAGACAGAUGCUGAGCUGCUGGAAGUCCUAUAA